GCGAUAGCUGGUUGGACACACAUCUUUUUUGCGGCGUUAACAGUAAGAGAGUCCUGAGGGUACACACAACUUCAUUCACCCAGAUCUAAAUCAAUUACGAACACAGUGAGUCUUUGUUCGCCGGGGAUGGUUGUAAUAUGGACACGUUUCGGCGCUCCUCUGGCUGACAUUUUCGGCCUGUAGAAACAACCGCUGAGUGAGAGCUCUGCACUUUCCCGCGCCUCUCUGCUGAAAAUCAUUCCACUACGUCAAGUCGCCCCGUCCGCUCGGUGAAGAUGUCUGCGACGGGUACAGGCGGCUGUGGACCCGGACCUGGAGCCACCUCGGGCUCCGGGUCCGGGGCUUCCAACCCCCGAAAGUUCAGCGAGAAGAUAGCGCUUCAUACCCAGCGACAAGCCGAGGAGACAGCCGCCUUUCAGGAGGUUAUGAUGGACAUCACCUCGACCAGGGUGAGUGUGAGACGGAGGAGGAGGAGGAGGAGGAGAAGAGCUGCCCGGAGGAAGAGAGGCCUUGCCCGGGCUUGCCAGGCUCAGAGAGAACGAUAACUGCUGCCUCUACAUGGGGCUCUGCUCAGAAUAAGUGCGCUCUUAGUGAAUAAAAGUUAAAAAUAACAGAGCUUUUAGUGUUUGCUGGACAUUUGCUCAAGUUGUUGUUACUUCUGGUUGUCCAUUUCCGAUACGUCGUUAGCGUAGUUAGCAAGAAUUAGCAGCGAAAGCUAACUUGGCUUGUUUACUAUGUUACGUUAACGUCGCUGUCACCGUGUUAGCCCGGGCACGUCCUGUCGAGCUUGGUUAAAAAAAUCUGUCAGUUUCCGGAUUACUAUUUUGUUUACACAGUACAAGAAAAUUUGACAUAAAAUUUGCAGUUUGUAGAUAAUUUUGCCCUUUCUGGGUUAUCGGCGUUGAAUCAAGACUCUCAACUGCUUUCGUGUGUAUCCUAACCGCAGCUAACUUCUCUACAUAAUCACACACCUCUCAUUCUAGUCAACUCAAAAUAUCACACAUGACCAUACAUUUAGAGUUUUGAGGGUAAAACCAGCCAUGCCGUUUUAUAUUAGAUAACUAAAUUAUGUUUUAUUGUUGUCUAAUAUGUUGUGGUUUUUCUGGUGUAGACUUCAAACUGGAGUGAUCUCUUAACCUCGUAACUUUUGAAUGGAGUUUGGUGUGACGGUCUGUACCCGCACGGUUAUUGUAAAGAUAACUUUAUUUUCGUUAAUUACAUGUUCAAAACCCUGUAUUUAAAGGUAACUUAGCGGUGUAAGUGUGAAGUACUGAGCUUAAGUGUAUGGAGUCUUAGUAUUGUAAGUUUAAUCGAUAUGUUUUGGUUUUUAGCUGCCAGCCUGCAGCAGAAUCCUACAGAAGCUGUUAGUGAAGACAGAGGGACACUCGUUUUAGGCUGUGACACGUUUAAUUCAGACAUUUCUGUUAUCUUUCACGUUAUUUGCAUGUUUUAAAGUGAUUCUCAGCCGACAUAGUGGGUAUAUUGUGGUUUAAGUGUCAUGUUUGAGGGUGAAGUAAGGACCGGAGGACUCUCCUUUGACUGAACCUUGAAGUUAUUUUAUCUGUCUGGACUCUUGGAUGCAGAAAUCUUAAAUCCUCUGUGCAAAGUUGAGGUUUUCAUUAUACCCUUUCACCUGUUAUUACCUCUGUUGCAUUUUUAAAAGAGGCACCAGUUGAACAAAAUCAGGGCUGAUAAUGAAAAUACAAACUUUGUCGUUAAUGUUGAGAGAUGUCAUUAAUCAUUAGAAGUAUAUUAUACACUCACCGGCCACUUUAUUAGGUACACCUGUCCAACUGCUCGUUAACACUUAAUUUCUAAUCAGCCAAUCACAUGGCGGCAACUUAGUGCAUUUAGGCAUGUAGACAUGGUCAAGACAAUCUCCUGCAGUUCAAACCGAGCAUCAGUAUGGGGAAGAAAGGUGAUUUGAGUGACUUUGAACGUGGCAUGGUUGUUGGUGCCAGAAGGGCUGGUCUGAGUAUUUCAGAAACUGCUGAUCUACUGGGAUUUUCACGCACAACCAUCUCUAGGGUUUACAGAGAAUGGUCCGAAAAAGAAAAAAUAUCCAGUGAGCGGCAGUUCUGUGGGCGGAAUGAUGCCAGAGGUCGGAGGAGAAUGGCCAGACUGGUUCGAGCUGAUAGAAAGGCAACAGUGACUCAAAUAACCACCCGUUACAACCAAGGUAGGCAGAAGAGCAUCUCUGAACGCACAGUACGUCGAACUUUGAGGCAGAUGAGCUACAGCAGCAGAAGACCACGCCGGGUCCCACUCCUUUCAGCUAAGAACAGGAAACUGAGGCUACAAUUUGCACAAGCUCAUCGAAAUUGGACAAUAGAAGAUUGGAAAAACGUUGCCUGGUCUGAUGAGUCUCGAUUUCUGCUGCGACAUUCGGAUGGUAGGGUCAGAAUUUGGCGUCAACAACAUGAAAGCAUGGAUCCAUCCUGCCUUGUAUCAACGGUUCAGGCUGGUGGUGGUGGUGUCAUGGUGUGGGGAAUAUUUUCUUGGCACUCUUUGGGCCCCUUGGUACCAAUUGAGCAUCGUUGCAACGCCACAGCCUACCUGAGUAUUGUUGCUGACCAUGUCCAUCCCUUUAUGACCACAAUGUACCCAACUUCUGAUGGCUACUUUCAGCAGGAUAAUGCGCCAUGUCAUAAAGCUGGAAUCAUCUCAGACUGGUUUCUUGAACAUGACAAUGAGUUCACUGUACUCAAAUGGCCUCCACAGUCACCAGAUCUCAAUCCAAUAGAGCAUCUUUGGGAUGUGGUGGAACGGGAGAUUCGCAUCAUGGAUGUGCAGCCGACAAAUCUGCGGCAACUGUGUGAUGCCAUCAUGUCAAUAUGGACCAAGCUCUCUGAGGAAUGCUUCCAGCACCUUGUUGAAUCUAUGCCACGAAGAAUUGAGGCAGUCCUGAAGGCAAAAGGGGGUCCAACCCGUUACUAGCAUGGUGUACCUAAUAAAGUGGCCGGUGAGUGUAUAUGUAUAUGUAAACGAAAGUAAAAGAUCAACUUCAUAAGAAUAAACUUGCAAAUCAAUGAGCUGUAGCUGAGGAAGAAAACUGUGGCGUAUUUGAAAGAUUAAUCUAAUACGUUUAUCAGAUUAAAGUCAUAAAAUUAGCAAAAAUCACAUGUCGAAUUGACAAGUGUGUGUUUGUUUAUUUAUAGGAUUAAAGUCACAAAUUCAGCAAGAACAAAGGUCAGACCAAAUCAUGGAAUAACAUUUAAGACUAGUCCAUACACGUGUGGGUAAUUCUGAAGACCGUUUUUCUGUGACGAGCGCCAUCUCGCUGGUUUGCGCUUAGUGUGCACGCCACCAAAGGCAAUGACUCACUGGAGACGUCAUCACCGUUUUGUGUCUGCUGUGUGCAGACAUGAGAUUGUUUUCAGGAGGUGAAUUGCUGAGAAGUGAGUCAUAUUGGCAUCUCUGCUGAGUGGAGCACAUGCAAAACACAAACAACAGAAACAACACCUAAACAAACCCCAGUGACGCGGCCGCCGCGACCACUGAAGCCCUGUCAAGCUGCAGUUAUAGUCCUGGGGUCCGCUUCACGUAGCAGGUUUAGUGGAAACUCCGAGUUUGUUAACCCUGAAAUCAGGGAAACUCUGAGUUUUCCGUUUCACAAAGGAGGGUUAGUUAAACCAGGGAGAGAGGGGUAACUCUAACCUGUUUCACAAAGAGAGGUAACUCAACCUCGCGGUCAGUUACCACAGUAACAGACUCCGUGAACCUAACCUGCUCGGGAGCAGGUUUAACUCAGUAAACCCAGAGUUUCAGGUGAGACAUCGGCAUUUUCUCAUUUUGAUCAUGUUUUACAUUGUCAAGUAAGUAUUAAGUGGCAGUGAUCUCUUAAAAAAUGCUCUUUUCACACUCAAAACUGAAUUUUACUCUCUUAUUAUGUUCCGUUAAAUGAUUAGGAAUAUUAAACUAACACAAAAACGGGUGGUGGUCCAGCAGCCCCACCUUUAACGGAGGCAGAGGAGCUGCCCCCCACCCCACCCCGUUCGACGAUCGCGGCCGGUCCGAUCGCGGCCGGUCCGAUCGCAAAUCCCCCCCCCCCCCCCCCCCCCCCCACACACACACACACACACACACACACACACACACACACACACACACACACACACACACGCACACACACCAGUCCGACGAUCGCUGCUACGGGGUGGGGGUUGCGAUCGUCUAAGGGGGGGGCAGCUCCUCUGCCUCCGUUAAAGGUGGGGCUGCUGGGCCACCACCCAUUUUUCUGGCAUCAGCCCUCUUUCUGUUUGCUGAGUGAAAGUCUAAUAUUGAGUGUAGUGUGUGUUAGUUUAAUAUAUGUACAUAUACAUACUGAGAGUUAGUUUAAUAUUCCUAAUCAUUUAACGGAACAUCAUAAGAGAGUAAAAUUCAUUUUUGAGUGUGAAAAGAGCAUUUUCUAAGGGAUCAAACUGCCACUUAAUACUUACUUGACAAUGUAAAACAUGAUCAAAAUGAUUCAAGCAGUUUCCCUGCAACAGUCUGUCAUUGUGUUUGCACGAGACUAGAUUUAAAGUUACGCAUUGACGCGAGCAGCGAUUUCCUCCCAAGCCCUCUCCCUCUCCUUUGCAGCUGCUGCUGUAUUGCACUUUCUUUUAAAAACGUGCUGUCAUUCGCUGUUGGCUUGCUGCUGCCCCCUCCUUCUCCCUGUUUCCAUUGGUUGAUCAUUGAAUCUGCGCUCCACAGAUGCUGGCUGUUUAUGUCUGGCGUGCACGUGCUUAACUCCAGGUCAAACUACUCGGAGUUGUUAAAACCGUCUCAAAUCAGGUGUUGUGAAACCGGAAACUCAGAGUUUCCUAACUCAGAGUAGAUCAACUCAGAGUUAAGGAUUUAACUCAGAGUUUGUUGAACCACCUACGUGAAACGGACCCCUGGAGUUCAUUUUGCUGCACUGGUCUAUUUGUUAAAGUCAUUCCCACUGCAGUAGCCAAUCAGCUUGGAGGUCUUCUAGUGGCAUAAUUCAAGAAUAAAGCACUGGAGGUUCAUUCGUCCAGAGAUGGAGGCCCAACUGAUGGUACCAGCGUGGAACUAGACUGAGCUGUAUGAUAGGACUUAUAAGUGAAGAGGUCUGAUUUUUAAAAAAACACAAUAAAUCCUUGAGAAGUGUUGCUUUUUAAAACAGAAUAAUCUUGUUUUUUAUCUUUAUUUUGGAAGUACUGAGACUUAAAGUAGAAUUGAUUCAGCCAAAAAAACUGUAACAAGACAAAGACCAGAAUGGAUGACGACAAAUAGACGCAUUUUGUAAUAAUGUUCAAGAUAACAGUAAAAUGACCUAAAUAGAAGACAUGAACUCAUCUUUUAACUGGAGGUUAAUGGGGACAGUGCUGUUGUAUAGACACAUUAUUUCUGUGUUUACAGGAUAAACUCUGAAAACAGAGCAGUAUGAUGUCGCGAUUCACUUUAAAAUCCACUCGGUUUGUGAGUCCGACAGCUGUCACAGGAUAAACAUCUUGGGCCUUUUCAGUCCCACAAAAAAUUGGUGUUUUUCUUGAGACUUUCCAGAGUAAAUUCCUAGAUAAUCUUUAAUGUUUUCUGCAUAAAUUUGAAGGAAGUACUGUUUCUGUUGUAAGCUGACUACCCUGAAUGAAAGCCGACAUCUUGUUUUGGUCUGUUAACCAAUCAAAGGGUCAAUACAGUGUUUAAAAAAUAGAUCACUUUUAGCAUGCAGCUGCUAAAGUAUUUAUAGUGUUAUUCAAGAAUAAAGCAUUGGCGGGUCAUUCAUCCAGAGAUGGAGGCCCAACUAAUGGUACCGGCGUCUCCUCCUCUCUGUGUGAGUUUGAAAACAGAGAGUGAAAAUAUUCUGGUGUCUAAACUGGUUUUAUUUGUGUCCAGUGUGAACACGACUCACCUGACCUAUGCUGCACGUCAUUCGAACUGAAUUAGUCUCACAUGAAUUCAGAUUUUAGAAGAGUUUUAAUGUUGAACAGGGGUUUUAAGAAUGGAUGAUGGAUCCUAAACCUCCACCAGGUGUGUCACCAUCAUGGUGUGUGCAUCAGGUAGGGGAGCCCUGCGUGUUCACAGGUGAAGCGUCUGUCCAAUCACAGCCUGUGUUUGCUCUGGAUCUCUGUGUUUAACUGCUGUCUGCUUCUUAAACACACAGGAUCUCAGUGCAGAAAAUAAACAAAGAACAGGUCCAAGGAGAAAUCAUCAGGAUUAGAACAUCAGAUCAUUUAGGACUCAAAGUUUAAAGCCUCAGGGCAGUGGGAUUUCUCCUGUUUUCAGAGCUGAUGUUGUAAAUCUGUGAACAGAAAGCCUCUGUGUAAACACUGUUGGUUUUAUGACGUGUGUAUAUGAAUGUGAACGAUCGAACAUUUGAAUAUUAGCUGGUCUAAUAAAGGAUGAUUGAGCUGAGGUGAAACAGGACUUGUAACACACCUGUCCUGAUCACCUGUUUAUCUUAAUUAUUGAUGGAUGUCUCUAUUAAUCAGUCAGAGUAAAUGAAUCCAAACCAUCAAAAUAACGAGGUUCAGACAGACUCUGUGUUUGAGUAUCUUUGGUCUCUUAAAAAGCCUUGAUUUUGGUCUUCAAAAGCCUUGAACUCGGUCUUGAAAAGCCAUGAAGUUGGUCUUAAAAAGCCUUGAAUUUAGUCUUAAAAAACCUUAGAUUUUUAUCUCUUAAAAAGCCUUGAAUUUGGUCCAAAAAGCCUUGAAUUGUUCUCUUAAAACACCUGGAGUUUGGUCUCCUAAAAAGCCUUUACUUUGUUCCCCUAAAGCCUUGAAUUUUAUCUCCUAAAAAGUCCUGAAUUUGGUCUCAAAAAGUCUGAAUAUGUUCUCUUAAAAAGCCUUGAAUUUGGCCCCUUAAAAGCUUUGAAUUUGGUCUUAAAAGGUCUUAAAUUUGGUCUCCUAAGAAGCCUUGAAGUUGGUCUCUAAAAAAACCUUGAAUUUGGUCACUAAAAAAGCCUUGAAUUUUGUCUCUUAAAAAGCCUUGAAUGUGGUCUCGAAAAGCCUUGAAUUUUUGAGUUUCAAGUUUUUUAAAUUAAUUCAACAGUUUUUUACUCGGACUGACGGCUGUUAGCAUUCAUCCACAGUCGAUCAGGUCUGUCUUUAUCUCAGCAGCACGGCUCUGAUUGAUCACUCUCACUGAUCAGUCCCUGUCAGCUGCUGAGUCAGCACAAUGAUCCAGUCAAUUAGUAGAUCAGGUUCCCGUUACUGAUCUGGUAUGAGAGCCUGAAGUUCUGAUUGUAAAAAUCUGCAGUCAGCAGAACUUUACUGACAUCAGAGUUAUCAAUCGGAGCGACCGAUCAGAAGAUUGAUCCGUCUGUAGAAAGAGGAAAAAAGAGGAGAGAGAAGGAGCCUUCACUCUGAUGAUCUCCAUACCAUUGGCAUGGGAGGAGGAUGAAGAGGAGGAGAGAGGAGAUAGGAGAGGAGGAAAGAGGAAAAAAGAGGAGAGAGAAGAGAGAGAAGGAGCCUUCACUCUGAUGAUCUCCAUACCAUCAGGGAUGCUGGACUUGGACUGGGAGCUACUCAAACAGUGUUUAUGAGGCUGUCUGAAGAUAUGCAAGAAGUGCUCUUUGUCUGGGUCUGAAAUUGUCUUAAAAGGCCUUGAAAAGCCUUGAAGUUGGUCUUGAAAAGCAUGGAACUUGAUUUGAAAACUGGUGCAGUGUCACUGUCUGAGACUCAGUCCUCUGUUUCUCUCCUGAGGCUCCUUUUUGGAUUUUCUGCUCCUAACACACUAACAAUGCAGCAGGAGUAUGUGGGUGGUCCAAUCAGCUAAAAGCAACAGUGUGUGUGUUCGUGUUCAGUAGCUGCCUGUCAAAGCUGUUAGUCUCAUAAAUUUUCUGCAGGGAGGAACAAAGAACAGCGUCCAGCGAGGGAGGGAGCAGAAGUGAUAGAAUCUCAGACUGAUGGACUUUCUCAGUCUCAUUUCUCAUCCUCAUUUCUCAUCUUCAUUUAUCAUUCUUAUUUCUCAUCUUCAUUUAUCAUUCUUAUUUAUCAUCUUCAUCUAUCAUCUUCAUUUAUCAUCAUAUAUCAUUCUUAUUUAUCAUCUUCAUAUAUCAUUUUUAUUUAUCAUCUUGAUCUAUCAUCUUCAUUUAUCAUCUUCAUAUAUCAUUUUUAUUUAUCAUCUUCAUCUAUCAUCUUCAUUUAUCAUCUUCAUAUAUCAUUUUUAUUUAUCAUCUUCAUUUAUCAUCUUUUAUCAUCUUCAUUUAUCAUCUUCAUCUAUUAUCUUUUAUUUAUCAUCAUCAUUUAUCAUUUUUUAUAUCAUCUUCAUUUAUCAUCUUCAUCUAUCAUUUUCAUAUCUCAUCUUGAUUAUCAUCCCCAUCUAUCAUCUUUAUUUAUCAUUUUAAUUUAUCGACCAUCAGACUGAAGCUCUGACUCAUUUUUAAUGAGAAUAACUUCAUUAAGUAUUACUGAAGUCGAUAUUACCUGUAGUCAUGCUGCAGCCUCUCUUUGUCCCUGUGCUUUUCAGAUGUACACCUGUCAUCCUGCUCUGAGCACUCACACUCAGCAGAUCUUGUUAGGGUAGGUAGAUCUGGUCCUGUAAUCGUCUAUAUGAGGGUCUGCUCUCAGGACUGGUCCAGGUGUUGAGUCGGUCUAAUGAGGAAACAUCUGAGCUCACCUGUGGGAUUCAUGAAGACUGUUAUCAAACGAGGAAAGCCUGACAAACAGACCAGACUCUGAUCCAGAUCCAGCCCUCCGGUCAUGCCUCUGUACUCUACAGCUCUGAUUCAUGAGGCGUGCUGCAGUCUAAAUGGUCUGAGAUGUUAACGCGCACGCCAGGAUGAAAAUCAAGCUGUUCCAGAGCCGUCACGAAGCAGGCACACUUCCUGCUCCGAGCAUCAGGGUAGAGCUGGCUGUGGAAACCAUGUGAUUGGGUACGAUUGUCCUGAAGGCUUCUAUUAAAGACACUAAAGCGGGGCCCCCAAAACACCCAGGAUCCAUGAUGAGCGUGUUCUGUAAGUGUUGUGUGCUACGAUCCUGUUCUAAUUGACGCAGCAUCACGCACAGGAAGCUCUGUCUGUGGUCAGGGCUUGACACUAAUUUUUUUGACAUGUUCUCCCAAGUUGAAAAGUAAGAAGCUCACAAAGAUUUUUAGGGGCACAAUGAAAAUUGAUCAAAUAAUGUUUGUCUUAUUGUUCGACCUCAGUACUAUUAUUUGAAAUCAAUUUUAGGUCUUUUGGGCACAUGACAUGGAAGCUAUUGAAGGAAAACAGCCUUUUCUGAGAACAUCAACAGGUAAUUUAUUGAUGGUCCCAUAUUCAAUACCCAACGUUGCCAGCGAGGGUGCUGAGUAGAUUUAACUGCGCUGCUGUUUUUAUUCCCGGUUAUGGAGAGUGAGAAGACACCGGUAUAUCCUCAGUGAAUGUCCGUCAAAUAUCCAACCUAAAACUAACCCCCAAUUUCACUGCAUCCUGAACAGUUACUAAAAGGCGGUAUCCUUCAAUCGUAGCUGAUCGUAACCAUUCAAGUUAAUGUGUCAAUUUUUCACCAGCUUCUUUCCGUUCUGCUGGACUCCACAGCUGAUCGCAAGAGUUCUAUUUUUUUGCGGACGCCGGAGCAUGCCGGAUAAAUUCAGCACAGAUUAACCCGUGCUGGAAAUGAAAUUGACACUCCUCACUCAGAUGGAUCAAAAUCAUUGAAAUAGCCCUUUAAGGCUCUGACAGACGCUGGAAUUACUUCAGCUCCAUUACAGUUCUAUUGAAUCCUGGUCCAAAAGCUAAACUGAGGAGGAUGAUGAAUCCAUUGUUGAAAUCAGUGCACUAACGCUAGUGUAAUCUGUUUCUAGACGGCAGCUCUGUCUCUAGGGCAGAACAGCCGCUGCAGGCAGGGAUGGGGACUUCCCGAGAUUUCAUUAGUCCGUUUGGAUCUGAUGUGAAAGCGUGAUUUGUAACAGCUUUGAUAUCACAGGAAACUAAGCAUGUGAUUGGCUGUGUUCUGGUCCAGCGGGUCAUCCUAACUGUGUUGGAUCAGAGGAAGUGAGGACACGGCUCUCAGGGUCCUCAUUCCACCAAAUUACAGCAUCACAUGAGAGAUUCUGGGUUAGUGUGUCCGCCUGCUCAGGAAACAGUCAGUCAGGGGCUGACAGCCAGCUCUGAUCGUUCAGUCAUCAAUUAUUAUUAUUAAAAACAACGUCGCAGACCAUCUAGAAACACAACAGUCUGGUUGUUUUAUCAGUAUUUUACACACGAAACACUUGAGGGUCUCUGUUAGCAGCGACACGCCAGCUCAGUCAGCUGCUGUUGGGGAAGUUUUAGGGCUGGUGAAGGAUCAGUCCUGUGGUGUUUGUCCCUCUCUCUUCAAGUGGCGAGCUGCUGCUGGAUUGCAGGUGUGGUCCAACAUACAAACAGUAUUUAAAGUCUGAGUCAUCAGUUUGUUUUGAAGGACAUAACACCAAAUAGAAAAGCUUAGAUUUCUGUGUUUUCACUCUCCCAAACUACCAAUCAAUCAAUCAGUCAAUCAGUCUUUAUUUAUAUAGCACUUUUCAUACACAACCAUGUAGCACAAAGUGAAAAAGGAAUAAAAGAAACAAAGAAAACCCAAAUCUACCCCAGCCCAACCCCUCAUUCCCACCCCACGAUCUAAACACAACAGAAACAGGAUUAAAAUGCAUGACCUUAAAAAGGACUUUAAUGUGCGCACUUGAGGAGUCCAUUUUAAAAUUCAAGUAAAGGAAACACUGGAGGUUAAGGUUAAAAUCUAAAAACAAAGUAACAUAAAAUGAAAUUUAAGAAAAAAUAAAUAAAACUAAAUAAAAACAACAGUAAAAGAUACUUAAAGAACACCAAAAAAGCUCAAUAAAAGACAAUCCUGUCAUUAAAACUAGAAAGAGAUAAAUGCUAAAAUACUUCAAGUUACUGAUAAAAAGUUUAGUCAAAAGUAAGACCAAAAAGGUAUGUUUUCAGUUUGGUUUAAAGAUAAUUUAAGAUUAGUUUCAGUACUCAGGUCUUCAGGUGUCUUGGUGUUACGUUUGGGUAAUGUUAACAGAGAACUUCCUGAAGACUUGAGGACUCUACCUGACUCAUAAGAUAAAUCAGAAAAGCACUCGCAGAGCGCAGACCUCCGCCAAGCAGCUCAUGUCCCCCCCUUAUAUUGUGAUUCACACCAAAACUUUUACUGUUACGUGUCUUUUAUUAACUUUUAUUUGUGUUUAAACUGGUAUGUUCACUGUUCAUAAUGUUCCUAAAACAACAAAGCUCAUAUUAGAUAAAUAAAUGCAUGAUUUAUUAUGCAAUAUUUGUAAGCGUACACUUCCUUGUAUCUUCUGCCCCUUGGCCAAUUAAUUCAGCGCCACAAAGUCUCCUUUCACUGCUAUGCAGACGACACACAGAUAUACCUUCCUUUGAGACCUGAGGACCCAAGAGGCCUAGCUGCUGUCAUGGGCUGUCUAAGUGAAACUAUUCAAAAUCUGAAAUAAUUCUCUGUAACAUACAAAACUCCCCCCUCAUUCAGUCUUGUCUCGGUCCACAUUCAAUAAUCAUCAAACCAACAGCCAGAAAUCUGGGAGUAACCUUCGAUUCAGACCUUCUCCACCCAUAUCAACAAGAUUGUCCAGUCCUGUUUCCUUCACCUGCGCUCCAUUUCAAAGAUUAAAUAAAUACUCACCCCACCAGAUCUCGAAAAGAUAAUCCACGCCUUCAUUUUCUCAAGACUGAACUAUUGUAACCCUCUCCUCCCUGGUUUAAACAAGAAAUCACUCUCUCGCCUCCAACUAGUUCAGGAUGCAGCAGCUCGGCUUUUAACUGGUUUUAGUCGACGGCAUCACAUCACUCCAAUUUUUAGCCUCCCUUCACUGGUUUCCUGUCAGUUUUAGAAUUGAUUUUAAGAUUUUAUUGAUUACUUUUAAAGUGCUCAAAGGACUUGCUCCGAGCUACAUUUCAGAGCUUUUAAUACCUUAUGAGCCAACUCGCAGCCUCAGAUCCUCUGGCGAAGGCCUCCUAGUCGUUCCAAAGUUGAGCCUCAAAACUAAAGGUGAUAAAGCUUUCUCCAUCAGAGCUCCCCGACUUUGGAACGACCUGCCAGAGGAGAUAAGGCGUGCAGAGACAGUCGCUUCUUUUAAGUCAAUUUUAAAAACUCACUUUUACAGACUUGCUUUUAUGUGAUGCCAUCUUUUACCGUCUUUUGCCUUUUUUUUCUCCUUUUUCUUUUACCUCUUUUACCUCUUUCUUAUUUAGCCUUUGUUUUACUUAUAAUCUUUUCUUAUUUUAUCUCUUUAUCGCUUUAAAAACCAAUAAAAACAACUUUAAAAUCUAUUCUGAAAGAGACAGAGGGUCGAUGUAGAGACCUUAAAAUCAGUGUAAUGUGAUCUCUCUUUCUGGUCCUUGUUAACAUCCAUGCAGCUGAAUUUUGAAGUAAUUGCAGGUGUAAAAUGUUCUUUUUGGGGAGACCAGAAAGGAGUGCAUUACAAUAAUCUAUUCUACAAGUGGUAAAAGUAUGAAUUCAUGUCUCUGCAUUGGCUUGAGAGAGAAACGGUCACUCUUAGGGAUGUUUUUUAAAUGAUAAAACGUCGUCUUUGUGGUAUGUGUGGUUCAGUUCUGAGUCAAAUAAAACACCUAAAUUUUUAGCCUGUUGACUCGGAUUAUAGGAUAAUGCCACAACUCCAACGAUGGAGCUCUUCAGUUCAUGACUCAGCUUUUAUUACAGCUCAACCAUGACUCAGCAGUACAGGGUUUUCUUCUGUGCCAGGAACCCUCUAAAACCUAAACCUCCUCAUCACUCAUCCACCAGCUCGCUCCAGGAUCAUUCUCCUCUCUGGACAAUCAUUACUCUGAGCCGCUAAGCUAACACACCCUGAGAAAUCAGGCUGUAAAAUGAGGCUGUUAGUCUAACUGUUUUUUUAAAGAUCUGUGAAUGAACGCCGUCUGCGGGGUCUUCAAAGAUCCAAGGACUCCAGCAGACCCAGAACAAGGACAGGAGGGGCUGCAGAUACAACCCACUCAACCAGGACAGAGUCUGCGCGCGCGUGUGUGUGUAUGUGUCCGCACGAUAUUGGAAAAAACUAACAUUGCGAUUUUUUUCAACUUUACGAUAUUAAAAACUACAGGAAUUUUCAGCAGAUGACCUGAAUUUCACUUUCUGCUAAAAUUUUGAGGACAGUUAACCUGCACUGAUCUUACCUCUUUUUGUGAAUGUUAGUAGAAUGGCUUCUGUAUGUCUUAGAGAUAUUUUUAGCUUGCUUUUAUUGUGCGCACCUGACAUCGCAAUGACAAUGCUCGAACAAUAUAUUGUGCAGCCCUAGUUAGGGAUGGGAAUUGAUACAAUUUUAUCAAUAUUGUUGCCAUUCAAUAUUCUGCUUAUCAAUUCAAUUCUUUAACGAUUCCCUUAUCAAUUCCUUUGUUUGAUUAAAAAAAAAAAGUAGACUAUAGGUUUUCAAUGUUAACUCAAAAUUUUAGUCUUUGAUGACAGAAAAAGAUGUAGUCUAAAAAUAAUUAAACGACUAACUAUUUGUACAACAUUUACUUGGUCGGUAUAAAGUCAAAUCAGGGUGACCAUACUCUGGAUCUCCAAAAAGAGGACACGGCUACAUGGGAUGGAGUCGUGCGCAAAAUUUUGAGGGUUUUUCUGGUCGGGUUGAGUGUUUUUUACGCGCUUCUAACUCAGUUAGUCCAUGCUACACAAACUCAAAACUUCCAUACAAAACUCGUCGUCGUCUUUCUUUGUAAAAUGAAGCCCCGCUUUAGAUUGUUUCUGCCUACUUUUUGUACCAUCCACCAUGUUUUUUCCUCAAAGUCUCUGUUUUCCUUCGAGUAGACUGCCUCUCACAAGACCGUUUUCCAAAGCACCCGGAAGAAAGGAAUCGUUAAGGGAAUCAUUAAAAUGAAAUGUAAACGAUGUCGAUGGAUUGAACCAUUUGAAACCGGUUCUGAACAAGAACCGUUUCUCGAUUCCCAUCCCUAGCCCUAGUCUGGACUGCGUCUACAGACUACCAGGGUCAUAGAGAUGUGGUCCCAGAAUUGCAGUCCUUAAAACUGCAAAGUGCUGUAAAUGGAGUUUAGCGAACAUAGAUGAUCCAGUUCAGGAUCGGUCUUACCCAGAGUCCGCCUCAAACCGCCUGCUGAAAUCCAGAUCCUGGUUUAUCUUCUCUGUGGUCCUGUCACACCAGAUCUGAGCCACCCACUGAGUCCUUCUUUGUUGAAGGUUUCCUCCCAGUCCUCCAACUUUUCAACGUUUUUCUGUCUUCCUCCUGACAGCUCCAGGCCCAGAAGCUCCGCCUCGCCAGGAGUCAGGGCCCAUACUAUGGCGGCUCGCUACCCAACGUAAACCAGAUUGGCAGGACCCCUCAGGACUUCCAGGUAACCAAAAACCGCCACGCACACUCUCUUGGCGUUUCUAACUGUGUCUGCAGGAUCCAAACUUGGACUCAGACUAGGGCUGGGUGAUAUGGGAAAAAGUUAAGCACAAUAUAUUUUUUUCAUAUCAGUUGAUAUUGAUAUUUAUCACGAUAUAAAAAAUGAAAUUUAACUGUGUUUAUUGGUCGCAUGUCUUUUCCAAUACAAUAAUCUACUGCACCUGUUAGGUCUUUGUGUCUCUUUGACGUUUUAUCGUAAGGCGUUGCUCUAGAGAAAGCAGACUGAAUGGUCGGCUGUUUCAGGUGCCAUGGGCUCCUUGAUCCUCUUGGGGAAUGUAACCUUUUGCAUUGCACGUGCUCUGCAGCGUGGCGCUGCUGCAGGUGGUGAAAAAGAUUUGAGGUAUUCCUUGACUUUGUGAGAACAUGUACUCGACGUAAUUUACAGUCCACAUUACUCUGCUUCAUGUUCGACCUCAAAAAACCAAAAUACCUCCACACCACCAUUGUGCCAGUGUUGUCGACGAUGUCAUCAUCUGUUGAGCCUUCAUUGUCAUUUCUGUCGGGGGUAGCACUCAUUUUCUUUUUUUCUCACUAACAGUGCUGUCGGCUUCACCAGUUAAAGUGCUGCGGUUGGGUGGAGCUGCUGUCUGCUACGACGCAGUUGUUUGCUACUUAGUUCUAAUUCAGCACAUGACUGGUUCAGCGCGAAGCAGACCCAGAGUCAAAGUCAAAGUCAGCUUUAUUGUCAAAUAUGCUAUACUACAGCAUAUAUGAAAUUACAGUCCUCUCGGACCCGCAGUGCAAAUAAAGACAGAUAGAAAAAUAAAAAAGGGAAUAAGUAAACAAAUUACACUAAAUACUACAAUAAAUAUAUAUGUACAAUGAGCAACUCCCCUUUUCAUUGGCUAUUCAUACAGUCUACCAAAACAUGGCAGAAUGGCGACUAUCAAAAAGGAUAUUGACCAUGUUUUAUAUUGAUAUUGAGGGAAAUUAAUUUUAGAUACCCCCUCCUCGUAAAUAUUCAUCAAAUAAAAGCAGAGUAAGUUCUGAGUUGUUUUGGAGGACAAAAGCAGCGGUUAAGGUGUCACGUUCUGGAGGACAGUCUCCUGCGGCUGCGUCACGACCACGAUCUGCAGCUCUCCAUGUCUGACUCAUCAGUUUCCUGUCAGCGCUGCAGCAGCAGAGCCAAACUCAUUCAGUAAUGAAAGUGUCUCAUCAAUAUCAGCGCCGCCUCCCCCUUCCUCUGCUGCUGCUAUCACAGUUGAAUCUUCACCCCCUCCUCCUCCUCCUACUCCUCCUCUCUCCAACAAAGAUUGGAUUGAGUCUUGUUGGCUCCUCAUCUCCACCAGAGUUUUAGAGGAAUUUUGGAGGUUUUUAAAUUACUAUAAAAGUCUUUCUGAGGUGAGACGAGCCCCAGAUGUUGAGUCUUUAUUGACACAACACAGCGGUCAUGAUGAAAAGGUCUGGGACAGGAUUCAGAUCCUUGGAGCAGCAGUCCUGACCCUGAUCAGAGUUUAUUUCUGUUUCUUUAUUUCCGUCUUUUUAAUGUCUCUAAUGUACAUGUUAAAUUAAAAAGUAUCUCUCUCUCUCUCUCUCUCUCUCUCUCUCUCUCUCUCUCUCUCUCUCUCUCUCUCUCUCUCAGGGCUCGUUUCCCUCCACUCUGGAGUCGAACCGGUCCACUCGGCAUCACGGUCUGGUGGAGCGAGUCCAGAGGGACCGCCGUUUCAUCUCGCCAGUCAGACCAUACCGCAACCGACAAGUAUCCUUCGGCUCCAAAAGAGGGCUUAAGCUUUUUUUUUCUUAAACGUUUUUAUUUGUUUUCAGACUGAAGUGAGUCUCACACAUAGACUGUAUAAAGAAUGGACAGUCUGCCUCCUUGCUGGGUGAAGCCACUCCGAGAACAGCACCCUUUGUUGAUGGGCUGCAGUAUAGGUCAUAAAUCCCGCCUCCGCCAGAAAAGCUUAUGGGGCUGUGGACCAACUUUAGAAAUUUAUUACACAGAACAUAAAUUUUUCUCCCCCCCGGUUGUGAUAUUGACAUGUAGUUACUGUAAGACUGGUUUGUGCUCAAGUCCUCUUUUUUCUGUGAAGCUCCAUUUUUAAAAGUUAUUAGGGGGUUCAUGUUUUCUAUGACUGACACCUGAUACAGCCUAUGGGCGUUCAGGGAUUGCGUAGCUCACCCGGGGGAAAUGCUGUUUGAGCCGAGCGUCAUCACAGUGACUCUCUGCGACUGCGCGGCCGAAUGUGCGCAUCGCUACGGCGCAGCGCUGGUUUCAGGAAAUGAAGAAAAAUCCUGGAAAUACCGAGAGCGUAUUGGCUUCAAAUCCGUGUACAGGCUGUAGGCAGAACCAAGUUGUUCAUAGUAUAUACAGUCUAUGGUCUUACAUUACAGCGUGACUGCAUGUCUGAGGUUCUAAGCUCCAAACCCACAAAGGUCUUUGACAAUCGGGGUCCGAUCAGAGUUAGGACGCCAAGUAACCAUGAAGGUCUUCCCUAAAAAAAAGUCACUGUCUGGAUGGCAGCAGAUGUUGCUCCUAAACCUGGAGAUUUUGUUUAAAACUGAGGUUGCAGCAUCUAUGAAUUCCAGUAUGUUGUUGAACAACUGGACUUCCUAGAGACGUUUUGCCUUAGGCGAAACGUCUCAAGCAAGUCCAGUUGUCCUUUCCAGAAGAGUGUUACUCCCAAUUUUAACCGCAUGCUGCGAAAUUUGCCUCACCAACGGGUCCGGUAGGAAUUGGCGGAUGGCGAAAAUCGCUGCUGUUCUGGAUGCGGUGAAAAUUUGGGGCUAGAUCUUGAUUCAUUAGACCUCAGGACAGUUCAUGGACAAGUGAUAUUAAGCCCAUGCAGUGACUCCAACUAUAGAGUCCUGAUGCUCCUAAACCUGGAGAUAUUGUUCAGCAUUAACCCAUGAAGACCUGAAUCCUGUCUGAGACUGUGAAAUCCUGAGGGCCAUUUUUUGAAGGGCCCCCAGAUCCUGAGGUUUUCUUAAGUGUUGAGGUUUACAAAAAAGCUGAUAUCUCAGCCUCUGUAGCAGAUAGAAACCAAAUUCAAAUAGUAUUUGAGAGCUUAUACAUGUGGCUUUCAAGAUAAGUAUCUUUUAUUUUCUGAACCUUCAUUACAUUAUUUAAAACUUUGAACAAACAAACUCAAAUGAAAUAAAGCAGCAGUAUAAAUAACUAUUUACGCUCUACAAAACAAGUGGCAGUCAUGAUAAAGUGUCCAUUCAACACAAAUGUAAAUAUAAAAAAUAAAGUGUUGAAAGGGUAUGCAGCUGCCCUAGUAUAGUGCCAGUACAAAAGCAGCAUUAAAAACUAAAAAAUACAUAAAUAAAUAAGUGUCUGACAGUGUGUGCAUCUCUGUGCUUACUUAAAGUCAUGAAGACUCACAGAAAACGCCGAUCGUGUGAACCAAAGCAUCAAUAUGAAGAGGUUGUUCACACUGUUUACAGACAAAGACUGGAGGUCCACCAUAUCUCUUCCUUGUCGUCCAAAAACAUUCCUCUCAUCCAGAAGUCCUGAUCUUGUGGCCCAGAAGGUUCAAAAUAUGGUCAUCAACAUCAUUAUUUCUGUCAAUAUCACAACCUUUACUAAGGCUGGAUACUUCUCCUCUGAAGCUGCUCUCUGCCUCCGUCAUUGUUUACUUUCCUCACAAAGAACGUAGCAAGAUCUGAGCAUGAAUCUGAUCACUUUUUGAAGCUUUAUUAGCCUAUCAGAGGCAGACGGGUAUGAUAAUUUGAUUCACCACGACUCCAGAAAUGACUGAAAAACUACAGAAUGUUACAAAAUGAUGUAUCCAUGCCGCCGGCUUGGAAGGUUGAAAUGCGUACAUGCUGUCCCAGUUCAAAUGGGUUAAAUCAGCGAAAGAAAAACUGGCUAAUUUAGACCCCAGCUUUAACCCUGCAAAGAAGGUCUUGACCCAUCAUUCCUGAUUGAAGUAUCUGAUUCUUAGUGGUCCAUGAAAACCCGGUUGGUCGGUAACCCUCAGACAGCUCCUACCAAAGAGGAGUGAAGUCAGUCGAACAGAAGAGGGAACUCUGAAGUCCUCUAACUGAAAGUAUUUAAAAUCAGCAAACGGAGGAAAAGAAAGCCAAAGUGUGCAUUUGCAGAUUUGUGUAUUUCACACCUGCUCUGUUCUGCAGAAGGUGUGAAUCAGUCCGAGUGUGAAGCUCUGAAAACGGUUCCUGAAAGAGACAAAAAAGCCGAUGAUUGAAGUUUGGAAAUAUUUGUUGAUGACAGCUGAGCGAACAGAUUUUGUCUGUGUGGGCUUCAGUUUUUCUGAUUUCAUACUCCGAGAAAGAAAAAAGGAGAAGUCUUAAAAACCAGAACUUUUUCAUUUCAACCAGAGAGUAAAAGAGAAAAAGAAAAUCAUCUUGUUUCCUUAACUGCUCCUCUCCUCAGGUGGACAGCUCGCCGUAUAACUCCGCCUACUUGUCCCCGCCUCCUGACCCCAGCUGGAGAAGGUAAUGUCUGUUAAACUCCACCCCCUUUCCUGUCUCAGUCUGUUUCUAAAGUCCUGAAGCUGCCUGCAGGGACGCCUCCUUAAUUCUCCUCCUUCUCCUUCUUCCUACAUUUUCCUCCACCCUUUAAAAACCGUUCUGAAGUUUUUGUGACACCUCAAAGGAUCUGGACAUCCAGAAAUUAGUAAAAAAAUCAGAUCUUGGUGGUUGUUGGGAUAGAAGCUUAAGGAGCUCCUGGUUUGGGACGGUGAACCUGAUCUUGUUUGCAUAGAUCUGGUUCCUACUCAAGCGUGUUGGCGAUGUGUCAGCCUUGGAUUGGUUUGAUGUUUGGCGUGAAUGUGGACAGAUCAGACUGCCGUCAGUAAUACGUCUGACUCACAGAUUCAGAAAUAGUCUAAAAAUGACAAAUGUCUGUUUGCUCCUGCAGAGAGACUUUCACAGCACUUUUAUUUUGAAGGGUCGUCCAGGACACUUUUGGUUUUCUGACUGAACUCCUAAAUGCUCUGAAACUUCGUUGAAAGGGCAACCGGACGUACUCGAGAUGUUUCUCCUAAGGCCACUUGUCCUUUCCAAAAGAGGGUCAGUUCUGGUUUUCUGAAUGAACCAGUGCAGAGGAGGACUCUGGGCCGUGAUGGUUCCAGACUGCAGCCUGGUGAGAAGAUCCAGGGGUUCUGUUGGUACCGAGUCUGACUCCUGACCCCUGACAGAACAGACCUCUGCUUUUCCUUCAGAGGAUUUCCUUUCUGUAACUAGAGUUAGACCGAUUAUCAGAGCUAGGACUGGGUGAUUAUAUGAUCGUGAUGAAUUUCAGUUCAAUCACGGUGAUCAGCUGUGAGCUUAUUUACUCGAUCAAACAUGACGGAAAUGUGCGUCACAACAGCCAGUCAGAGUCAAGCUUUUCCUGCUCACUUCUGUAAGUCGCCAGAGAAUUAAACAGGAAGUAAACAGAAUGACCGAAGCUGAGGGCAGCAAAACAGAUGUCAGCCAUGACUUUGAGUCAUCCUCCAAAGACACCAUUGUUGAGAAGCAAACUUUUUAAUCGUUGGUUGUGUGGUGGUGGUUCGGAUAUCUCCAAAGUGACAUAGAUCAAUUAAGCCGAUAUGUAAGGUAUGUCGGCGGUCGGUGCCUCAAGAACCGAUCUGUUUAAUUAUUUAAGUGAUUAUGCUGAAAGCAAGAAAAUGUGGGCGGAGUGCUGACGGUACCAGUGGUGUUAGCAUUUUAGCUACAACUAGAGGUGCAGCCACCAGACCAAAGCAAUCAAUCAUAUCAUUUACGUUUACAUCAUCUAAUAUUUACAUGAAAGGCAUCUUUAUUAUCCCUGGGGGGGUGGUUUGUUUAUUUUGGGUCUUGCAUACCUGCAAAAACACUCAGGACUGUAAACUAGUUCACUUUAUAAUUUAAUAUUAAUCUACAUUUUUUGUACUGUUGAGUUGAAAUGGUUUUUAUAUUUUUCUAGGUAUAUCUUAUUUAUUUGAUUUUUUAUUUACCUUGUAUGUUAAUAAAAUGUUGAACUAAUCUCUAAUUUCUUUAGUUUUUAGUACAGAUUAAAACUACAGAAUUUUUUUAAAAAUCGUGAUAAUAAUCGAGAUUGGACAAUAUGACAAAAUAUAUUGUGAUCAUUUAUUUUGCCAAAUCACUCAGGCCUAAUCAGAGCCCAGAUUUGGCAUCAGUCAAUUAUUGGUAUCAGUUUUUUAGAUUAAUUCAUCAAAAAGGUGCAAAUUUCUUAAGAUUAAAGUCAUAACAUCCUAAGAAUAAAGACAAAGUGAAGUCCUCGUCUAGUUUUGGUUCACGGUGAGCAGCAGCUGUCUGGACCAGAAUGAAGAACCACACUGAUCCACAUUGUUCUGAGGAUCAGGAUUCUGACAGACUGGUAUCCUGUGAGACACCAAGUUAACUUCUCAGAAAUUAAAUGUUUGAAUGCGUCUGUAAUUAUCAUUUUCACAGACAGAUUUAUAACUUUUAAUGAUUAUUAAUUCUGAUCAAUCUGAUAUUUUCCGUCUAUCCGCCCUGAAAAAAGACACAUCUGCCGUGAACGGCGUGUUUUCAGAAUGACCCAUUUUUUUUGUUGGUUUACAUCAUGAAACAGCUGAUCGGUGUGCGGUAACUGUGUGUGUCUGAGUCAGCUCGGUAAGCAUCUGCAGAAAACUGUAGCCUAGCUUGCAUGCAGGUUCUCCUGACAGUUCCAUAUUAAAGAGGUGGAGCUGACUGACAUACAGAAACAGUGGAAUAUCCCUUUAACCGAACAAUUCUGAGUGAAGAUGGUCUUGGAUCUGGAUCCACUCUCAGCCUCAGUAUCGAUAUUAAACCUCUCCGGACUCUCUAAACUGGAACUGCUGAUGUGUCCCGAUCUAGGACCCUCACCCUCCUGUCAGAUCCUCUUCGUCUUUCUGAGAAAACUCCCAGAAUCCCUUGAGGUGUCACUGAGGCUCCUGGUCGGUUUUCAUCGUCCCUCCUGCGAGCGCUGCUUCCGUUCAUUUGCCUCCUCAGCCCUCACACUAACCCUCUAGACGACUAAUAUGGAGCAGAGUUGAUUUAAGCCGGCGCCUCUCCAGACCUGACUGGUUUUUGAGGAGCUCUCUGCUCUUCUGCUGCCCUCUCUUCUUCUGGGAAUCUGUUGUUUUUCGUUUUUGGCCUCUUUUUCUUCUAUUUUCUGAAACCAGUUCCAGCCGCUUAUUUCUCGCCUGCCUGCCUGCCUGCCCGUUCUUUCUCGUUUUCUUCUAACAAGACAACAAUUACCCUUCAGAGAGGGUCUGGCCUCGGUCCACAGACACAGAUGGUCCGCUGCACACCACAAACACACACAAAAACACUCACACACAGAUUAGGCUGGCAAAUGACCUCCAGGCAUUCCCUAAAGUCCAACAGUAAACAGUGUUUGGUCCAGCUCAUCCAGCUUGGACUCUAUCAGGCCUGGAGUUUCAUAUCAGCAGGUUUUAAAGUGAUCCCAGGAGCUGGACUAGACCAGCUUUGAGGUUUUAUUACAAAAGAAGUUUCAGUGGGGCGGUCCGCUAACGGGCCAUCAAAGGUUGGAGGUUGUGGUCCAAACAAGUCUCAGUUCAGUUUUUUCUGCUUCUUCUUCCUCCGUGGUGUUCACGCCAGAAAGAGCUGCCAACAAACAGAAAAGGCCAAACAGUCUGCCCUCGAGUUUUCAGCUCCAGUGAAAGUUUUCAGGAGAAAUGAAGUUCAAACAGGAGCAGAGGGGACUUAACUUAAAAGUGAUGAGAUUCAGAAUUAUCCCACAUGAUGGAAAAGUCUUAAUCAGAGUAAGAGGAGGGGCCUACAGCAGCAGCAGCAGCUCUGUCCAGUCUGCUCAGACUUACUUCAUUUUCAUACAGAUGGUCUAAAAAUGGACCGAUUUUCUCUGUAGGAUAGAAAAUGUGCUGCACACUUAAUCGCAAGAAAGCUGCUGGUCUCACGAGGUGAGUGGAUUGUGCCUUAGGCGAAACGUCUGAAGUCCAGUUAUCCUUUCCAAAAGGAGGUCAGUUCUGAUUUUCUGACUGAACCAGCAGUGGACUCUGGGCCGUGAUGGUUCCAGACUUAAGCCUGGUGUGAAGAUCCAGAGGUUCUGUUGGUACUGAGUCUUAAGGUCCUUACACACCGGGAACGAUACAAAUAUACGACGCGAAGUUAUAAAAUAUUCUAAGGCGAAUUUUGACGCUCCUGACUAUACACAUCAAGCGCAAUGUGAUUUUGAGACUUUCUGGGGUGGGGUGGGGGGGGGAGAGUCACACACUAUGACUCUCCACAAGUUAUCCUUCAAGUUGUUAUUUUCGUAAUAUUUGUGUUUUUAAUCAAAAAGCACUCUGUUCUCCGACACGUAAACAAUUAGCCGGUCAGCCAUGUUGGAUAUACCGGUGAAUCUGACGUCGCAACAACACGCAAUCUGGUCAGAAGUGUACACACAGUAUGCGAAACUUUAGAAGAAUCGACCGUGCUACAAAAAAUAAAUGCCGCAAUAUCACAGGACGGGAAUAUGUCGCUGAUGCGAACGCUUGUAUUGACAGGAUACGGGUUAGAAAAAAAAAGACGUCAGAAAUAAUCACACAAAUGAAACAGUCACGGUGUGAAAGGACCUUUAAUCGCCAGAAAGCUGCUGGUCUCACAAGGCGAGUGGAUUUUGCAGGGAGUCUGUAUGUUGAAAAAACAGCGCUGUGAAACACUGCCAAAUUAUUCAGAUGAGUUUGAUAUCAGUGUGAGAGUUUCAGGUAUGUCAGAAGAGUGCAUGAGCUUUAUUAGGGUGAACAUACGUCCUCUAUUACCCGGAUGUGUCCUCUUUUUUGGGGGACUGUCCGGCCUUUUGUCCAGUCAUGUAGAGAGUCUGUCGAUGGCCUAAACAAGAGAAAAAACCUAAUUUCUGCCUCGUCACUUGUAUUUGUUUUGACUGAAGGAGAUAUUUGCCAAGUUGAAUCCCACUGAAACACUGCCAAAUUAUUCAGAUGAGUUUGAUAUCAGUGUGAGAGUUUCACUUUUAUUUAAAUAUGUCAGAGGAGUGCAUGAGCUUUAUUAGGGUAAACAUAUGUCCUCUUUUACCCAGACAUGUCCUCUCUUUGGGGGGCUGUCUGGCCUUUUGUCCGCUGGAGUUUAUAAAAUCCUUCAAAUGUCCACAGUUUUGUAUGGAAGUUUUGAAUUUGUGUCCCGUGGAAUAACUGAGUUAGAAGCACGUAAAAAAACACUUGACGCAAAAAAUCCUCAAAAUUUACUUCACACGACUCUGCCUGUGUAGCCAUGUCCUCUUUUUGACAAUUUAGAAUAUGGUCACCCUAGCUUUAUCCGGGGACUUCAUUAUUUCUGCAGCAGUUGUCGUCUCAUUAGACAGGCUUGUGUUUUUGAAAGCUUGAUUUUGUUGUUUAGAUUCUUCUCUGCAGCAAUUUUCUCAAUUUUUGGUGUUUUUACUGUUUUUAUGUUUUAGUUUUGAUGCCGUCAAAGAUAGUUUAGUCAUUUAGUGAGUUUGUUGACGGCCUAAACAGGAAGAAAAAAACGAAUUUCUGCCCCGUCACUUUUGUUUGUUUUGACUGAAGGCGAUUUUUUUGCCGAGUUGAAUCCCAUUCGUCUGUAAACAAACAAACCCAGACUUUGUGGUAAAUUUGGAUUUAGAUUUCUGACACACAGAUCAGACUGUCAGCUGGUCGACCUCCAUGUUUCCCCCCAGAUUGUCUUAUUGGUUCAAACACUCACAGAAUGAAGGAAUAACCAAAUCCACACAAACUAAAGGGGUCUGAGCGUUGAUCCCUGUGGGACGCAAUCCUCUUUUCUUAGAUUUUUUUUAAACUGUCUCUGACUCCAAACUUUUGUAAAAACUCCCAGAAUGACUUUGUCUUUUUGAAACAUGCCGGCGUCCGUAGACCUUUGUACUCUGCUGAGCUGACACGCCAGCCUCCCUCUUUCCUUCUCUCGCCACCUCCAUCUUCUUCUUUUUAUCGCUUCUUCGCACUUUCUUUUGGGGCCCACACUCUUCCUCUCUCCAUGUUCUCCUCCUUUCGUUUCCAUGUUCUUGCUCUGGGGAGGAAAGUAACUGUUUGUUCUUGUCGAUCAUAAAAAGGAAUUGGUCCGGAAACUUCCCCGGGGAUAAAAGCCAGUUGUUCCGUCUCCCCACCACUGCACUCAACAGGUGAAUCCUCCUCUUCCUCCUCCUCGUCUUCCUCUCUUUUUCCUUUCUUCUUACCCGCCUUUGACGAGUGCUUGUCCUGAGAACAGAAAGUCUUGUAACUUUUACUUUGGAAGGUUUUCUUUCUCCUGGUUUGUGGCGGACUUGGUUUGAGGAUUAAGACUCACCCCUUCAUAGACCUGUCCUCUAACCCCUUUCUUCCUUCUUUCAUUCUGAUCAUCAGUUCCCCUCCUUUAGCCUCUGUAGUCUAACUGGUCCACAUCGAUCGUUUUCUUGGACCAGGACUCUAUAAAGGACUGUUAUCUGUUUGAAUCUUUAAAAGAGUCCAACAGCUUCUGAAUCUCUACAGUCUCCAAGAGUGACGACAGUAUGUUGUGAUUUUUCUAAAACACAGAGGUAGAUGACACGUCUCAAUGACCUCCUGUCAAACAAAAGUGAAACCAAAAUACUCCUGUAGCAGACGCAGACACGUCUUACAGAUGGAGGAAGCAGAUUUAAAACUUCAUUCUGUCACCACUCAGUAGGGGGAGCUCUAAGUGUUUAGAGGUAGCUGUCAUUUGGUCCAUUUUGGUCUGAAGUGAAAGGGUUCACAUUGUCUCAGUUAUCUGGUUUCAUGAGAAGACACUGGGAUUCUUCUAACAUGUGGUCUCUCCUUUACAGCGUCAGUGAACGGCGGUAUUUUACUGUAAAAUCUGUUUAUACUGGAGAAUCUAAAACCACCUGAACCCUGAGCAAAACCUCUGCUCUCUCUCUCUCCUGAAAUCUCCUAACACUGUUUGUCUCUCACCCCUCAGGACCAACUCUGACUCAGCCCUUCACACCAGCGUAAUGAACCCCCCCCCAGGGGACCCUUUCACCACUGGAGGACCCACCCUCACCCCCCAGAGCAACAGGCGCUCCGGUGAGGCUCCAAAACAUGAAGCACAAACAAGCAGUCAGAAUCAGACUCAGAUCCUUGAUGUUCUCCAACAUGUUUGUCAGACAAACGUUUUCUUCUGAACUUUUUAAAAAUCUGCAUCAUCACGAUAGUGUUACAACAAACUUUUGAGUCUUUUGAUAGAAAAUCAGUUUCUGUUUCAGGAUCAUACAGCUGCAGUAAUGUCUGUGUAACUCUGUAUUUACACAGUAAAACUGGGACUUUAUUUAAGCGAACUUCAGAUCUGUUCAUGACAACAAAAUAAAAAAUGAAGGGUUUAUUUUCAUGUCAGUUCUGCUGAAAUAAGCCAGAGUGAAACAUCUGUGUGACUCUGUAUUUACUGUGAAACUAAGACUCACCAGAAACAUCCUGACAGUGAACCAGAGGAAAGUCAGAGUAAAAAGACAGUAAGCUAAACACCUUCCGCUCAUCACGACUUAGGACACAAGGAUGACUUCUCGUACCCAGGUUUAAUGACAAUUGAAAGGGUGAAACUAAAGGAAUACAAAUAUUAUUAUUAUUAUCAUUAUCAUUAUCAUUAGAUAUUAUAAUUAUUAUUAUUAUUAAUAAUGAUGAUAAUCCCUAUAAAAUAACAUUAAAAAUAUUAUCAUUAUUGUUAUUAUUGUCUUAGUAAUAAUUAAUUAUUAAUUUAAUUAUGAUAACAAUAAUAAUUAUAAUCAUUAUUAUCACAAUUAUUAUUAUUAUUAUUAUUGUUAUUAGUAUUGUUAUUUAUAAUAUAAUAAUAAUAAUAAUAAUAAUAAUAGUUUCAUUAUAAUUAUGAACACCAUCAUGUUGUCUGCUGAAGUUUGUCUCACUGACUCCCUCACACAUCGUGAAGCAGCAGAAAUCAGUCUGAUCUGAAAACCACAUGACCCAGUUUGGUGGUAAAACCGCACUGAGGUUGUGAUUUUUCUUCUCUCGCUGCGCUCUCACUGUUUUCCUCCGUUAUUAUUUUGAACAUGACCUGUUCAUUGUUAGACUGACUUAUCAGCUCACAUGUUUCCUCAGGAUAGAGGUCUCAGUCUAAACAGGUUUUCCUCUGAGUCAGGAUGUCCUCUAUAGAAACUAGAUAUAAAACCUGAUCCAGAACUCCACUGCCAGACUCUCGGCUCUGACUCCAAGUAUCUAAACUGACUUAACUGCAGCUUUCGUGGCAUGUGUGAACCUUUGAAUCCUUCUGUUUUCUCCUGCCAGUCUGUAUGUGUGUGUAAUCCUGUCUGUGUUUUUUUCCCUGCAGGUCAGAGCGAUGGAGAGGGCAGAAGAAGUGAGUAACAUGCAGACACACAGGAACACCCCCAAAGACCUGAGAACUUUGACUUCUAUAAAAACCAGGAUCUUUACUCCAGUCUCAUCAUGAAGAGCUCUGAAGGCUUCUGCCUCACCUUCUCUUUCUCAAUCUGUUGUCCACUUUGUAAUCUUGAUGUCUGCUUCAUACUUCACAUACUUACCUUUGAUACUUAACACCAAAAACUGGAUCAUACAAACAUCAUCUAUCCUCCUGAUGUGUGAGGAUUCAGGAGCCACCCGUUUAUAGACUUCUUUGUUUGUCCUUCAGUGUUUCCGUACCCGGUCCCUCCCAUCGAGGAGAACGUGUUAGACGAGGGAAAACUCCUCAAACCCUGGGACACCAAGAAGGUAAAGACACAAGUGUGGAUCUGCAACUUUAGGAAAAUGUUCUCUGAUACAGUCAUGAGGUCAAAUAAAAUAAAACAGAAGUUAGAAAAGUCAGAGCACUGAGAAAAAGUCUGAAUAAUUUCAAGACCCUAAAAAAAGCAUCUCUAUCUAUUUAGGUGAAUUUUAUCGGUCAAAAACAUGAGAAAUGAAAGUCUUUACAAAUGACAAACUCCUGAUAAGUUUCUCAUACUCCUUGUGUUUCUUCUCCAGUUGCCUCUGCUGACGUCUCGACCCAAGUCCUGUGAAGUCCCCGGUAUCAAGUAAGUGUAAACACAGUUUCUGGACCAGAGUCUGUCCGGGUUCCUGCAGCGAUUUAUCUGAUGUUGACAAGUCUUUAAAAACUCGCCUCAAGCAGGAAAACCGUUUUCAAGGUUUUGGAUCUGAAACCGUAUUUAUUUGGGUCAUAAAAGUCCCUAAAAAGUUGUAAAUUUGACUUUGGAGAAAGUGCUGGGACCUGGUUUUUGUAGGAACUUUGAUUUACCAUCCAAAAAGUCCCUUCUUCAGGGGGAUAGGACCAGAUUUAGCUGCUCUCUCUCUUCCCUCUCUCUCUCUCUCUCUCUCUCUCUCUCUCUCUCUCUCUCUCUCUCUCUCUCUCUCUCUCUCUCUCUCUCUCUCUCUCGAGCACAAGGGUUUUUCUCCUGUCCUCAGAUGGUUGUGACUCUUUCUUUCACCAAAGUGAAUAUUUGACCCAGUUUUCACAGGCCCCUCGUCUUUUACGUCUUCAGGGACUAAAAGUUUGUUGUUCAGACGUCAGUUCAGAGAAAUAUUAACUUUCAGACUCUGCAGGAGUCUCAGCUCACAGACACUUCCUGUCUCUCUGAAUCUGAUCAGUUUAGAUUUUUGAUUUUUUUCUCUCUAAGACAAAAAUAAAAACGCUUGUUCAAGUCUUCUCAGCAGGACCUGACCCUCCUCCUGUCUCCUCUCCUUCUCUCCUCUCCAUCUCUCCUCUCUCCUCUCCUUCUCCUCCUCUCUCCUCCUCCUCUCUUUUCACUUCUCUCAUCUUCUCUCCUCUCUCCUCUCCUUCUCCUCUCUCCUUUCCUUCUCUUCUCCUCUCCUUCUCGCCUCUUUUCUCCUCUCCUCCUCCCUCCUCUUCUUCUCUCCUCCACUCUCUUCUCCUUUCCUUCUCUCCUCCUCUCUCCCCUCCUUCUCUUCUCCACUCCUUUUAUCCUCUUCUCUCCUCUCUCCUCUCCGUCUCUUCUCCUCUUCUCUCCUCUCCUUCUCUUAUCCCCUCCUCCUCUUCUCUCCUCCCUCCUCUCCUUCUCUUUUCCUCUCCUUUUCUCCUCUUCUCUCCUCUCUUUCUCUUCUCCUCUCCUCCUCACUCCUCUCCCUCUCUCCUCUCCUCUUCUUCUCUCCUUUUCUCCUCUUCUCUUCUCUCUUCUUUCCUUCUCUUCUCCUCUCCUUCUCUCCCUCUCUCUCCUUUCUCCUCUCUCCUCUCAUCCUCUUCUCCUGUCUCCUCUCUACUCUCCUUUACUUCUCCUCUUUCCUCUCCCUCUCUCCUUAUCUCCUCCUUUCCUCUCUCCUCCCUCCUCUCCCCUCUCCCUUUCUCCUGUUCUCUCCCCUUUCCUCCUCUUCUCUCCUCUCAGUAUCUUUACGUCACCGGAGCAGCCGUCCACGCCAGCUCACGGCGUCCCGUCGGCCCUCAACACUGGUGGCUCGCUGCCGGACCUCUCCAGCCUCCACUUCCCCUCCCCUCUACCCACGCCGCUGGACCAGGACGAGCCUGGUUACCCAGGAUCCUCCUCUCUGAGCGGGGGCAGCAGCACGGGAAACCUGGCCUCCACCCUCACCCAGCUGGGCAUCAACCCCGCCAACACGCAGGGAGGCAACAGCAACUUCCACCAUACACAGGGUAGGUGCUGCCGCCCCGCCUUUGACCUUGAAUUUAUUUACAGGAAGUUUUUUAAACUCCAGCAUCAAACACAUGAGAGUCUCGGUGUACGCCACCACCAUCCUCAUCAUCAUCUCUCUGGUUCGUCGUCCUCCUCCUCGUUAGUCAGUUUGUGUUUCUUCUUCUUUGGUGAAGUCAUCUGAGGAUUCCCGCUCUCUCAGGAUUUGUGAGGUUUCCUAGUAACAGGAGUCUAAGCUUAGCUCUCCAGCCCUCUGCUGAUUUCUCUGUUUGGUUUGGAUGGUCCGUGUUAGUCCUCCAGUGUCAACAAGACUCAGACCGGUCUUCUUUUGUUCUCCGGUUUCAUCAGACUGGAUCCGCUAAGACGUGGAAACCGGGCCAGUCCUCCUCCUCCUCCUCCUCCUGUGUUAAUAGUGAAAAGUCAUGAGGUCAGCGUUUUAGUUUGGUAACACAAAGAGGAGCGAAGCAGACCGACGACAAUCCUGGUUAUGAAUCAGAGAGUGUGAGGUCAACAUCAGGAGGUCAGAGGUCAAAGUUCACAAGAAUAAACUGAGGGUUUCUGACGAAAUGCUAUCACCUCUGAUUGGUUGUAAAGCCUGUCAAUCUCAGAUCAGUGACCGCCUUUUGCACCAAACAGCUCAGCAACUUGAUUUGUAGCUGUAAGAAGCACAAUCUGUGACACGUGGUAGUGUUGUGUUGUUCACAAACAAUUUGUUCAAAAGAACCAAAUCUUUUAAGUGAACGUACUGUUCGUUUCUCACUUCAGUCGAGCUGAAGUGAGAAACAGCAUUGCCAGUUGAGCAGCUGGUAAACAAGGGACUGCAUGCACCGACACCUGAAUCACUUGGUGAAUGAAUCACGCAUUUAACUACACUGUCUGGAAUCAUUUUUGUCAGACAAAACUACACAGCACAGCAUGUAACAAGUGGUGUAUAAAACCCGCAGCAUCCUAUUAUUGCAGCGGUUUGCGAAGGAACAGUGCAUGUUCAGUGUGAAUUCUUCUAAAUGUUCAGUGAACGAAUCACUCACUGAGGCUAAUUUACCGAGCAGACCUGAUGAAUAGCAUUCCAUAGGACAGUACACUUAAAACAUCAUGACUUAUAAACAAGUUCAUUGUUACAAACCUGUUUGUUAAAGCAACACAGCCAAACACUCCUGUCUCCGGGUCCUAGAAGCUAUGAUCUGAACUGAAUCCUGAACCGUUCAGCUGUGUGUCAGUUCAGGAGGUCGGCGCCGCAGGCUUCUCCCACCAAACGCUAGAUGAUUUGGUGAUUUGGUGAACAAAUCUUUUUAGUGAACUGAUUCUAGUGAUGCAGUACAUCUAAAAGAACUGCCAUGCCCACAUGGCAACACAACUGUUUUCCUGAAAGCUUAUUGUACAUAAAUGUAACACUUUGUCCACAACUUCACAUUACUCCAUACAGGUGCAAAGAAUAUGUUUUACACCAAAAAUGUGAGUGUGUCAGACAUUAAAUCUGUGACUUGUAAAACAGGAUUUGUACACCUGUAAUUCAGAAUCUGUGAAUGUGUAAAUGUUGUGUUGUACUUGUGGAAAUAAAAAAAAAAAUCAAGAAGUACACACAAAAAAUCAACAAGUACACAAUUCAUAGAGUGCGGAUUUUAUAUGUACUAAUACACAUACACAAUCACUGUACACAACUACACAUUACAUGUUACAGAUACACAAACCUUUUGCACAAAAUAUACCUUCAUAUAUUCAGACUGGACUUACUACAGGGGGAACAAAAAUUUCAUAAGGUUAGAAGACGAAGGCGGAACUUUUUCGUCAUGGAGGAACUCAAACAAGAGCUGAUCCAGAAAACCUGCAGAGAUCCACAUGAACUGAUCAGAGACCCGAUGAGGAGUCGGAUCAAUAAUAAUGAAUCAAAGCUAAUAGAUCCACAGCCUCACAUCUAUUAUAAAAUAUCUAUGUUUAAAGUUUUUGACCCCACUGCUCAGGUUUGGAGAUUUCAGCUCAGACAGACUCUGCAACCUGAGUCUGGGUUCAGGUCUUCUUGUCCUGGAUCAGAACCCUGGCCCGCUCUGAUGUUGUAAACCUGUCUGAGUAAACGCUCCGGCGCGGUGACGAACAUGAAGGUUAGCCAAGGAAGUCUGUGGGUGGGAUGAAACUGAGGGGGAUGUAUGGCAGCGGCGGGCGGCGCUCUAAAUUUAGCUCACGGAGAAAAAAGGGAGUUUUUUUUUUCUUUUUUUUUUCUGUCAGUGGGAAAAUGGCGCCGUGUUUACUUGUUUGUGAGGUGACUGUACCGACCACAGACAGGAAGCUGCUGUCAGUUUCACCUCGCUAUCGCCAUCAUGGUGUCUCUCUGACAGGGGGCGGAGUCAGCUGGGACCACACGGGGAAGGCCGCGGAGCCGAGAACCAGCAGCUGUUCACUUUUCUUUGAAACUUUGUGUCAUGAUCAAAUCUGCUGCCUCAGUCAGAGACAUUGCUGUCGUUCCUGUUUUCACCACUCUGAUGCUUCAUCCUGAUCUAGAUCUAGAAACAUAGAUUCAUUAUCAACAACAUCUGAAUACCUGGGCUGAGGUUUCUGAGUCCUCUUCCUGGUCUGAGUCCUGAACCCGGUCAGAAAGUAGACUGAGUGUAUAAAGAGAAAGACGAGGAGGAGGUAAAGUGAGGUGAGGUGGCAAACACCUGAGCGUGUGUUUGGGGACAGAGCUGAUGGUUUCACCUGGGGAGGAGGAGGAACCGGGUCCCUGAACAGGAGGAGGAGUUUAGAGGAAGGUUCCUGCUAGGACUGGGCGAUAUAGCCAUAUAAGAAAUAUAUCAGUAUUUUUAAAUGAAAUAUGAAAUUGGACCAUAUUGCAUAUAUGGAUAUACAGAUAUCAGAUGCUGUUGUUGACAGGCUGGUGUUUCUCACACAAAAUCUUGAAACAAAGGAAGACACACUUGUCUGUCCUCUAAUGUCGACCUCCAUACAGUACUAAUUGUUUAUCAAAGUCAAAAAGAAAGAAGAGGGGAAAUGUUGACUGAGUUCAUAGUCUUGGUUGAGACUGUUAAGAAGAUAAAGACAUAUAGGUAAUCUCAAAAUGAUGUUUAAAAAGUAUUUUCUUUAACUGAGCACUUUAUUUUGUUCUGUCUUUAUAGAUAUAAAUGCUGCCCUUACUAUGUCAAUGUCAAUGUCAACGUCAGCUUUAUUUAUAUAGCACAUUUAAAAACAGCCAGUGGCCUACUAAAGUGCUUUACAGUAAAAUAGCCAGAGACAAUAAAAACAAUAAAGAAGUAGAAAAGCACUCAGAGAGCGCAGACCUCUGGCAAGCAGCUCAUGUCCCCCCUUAUAUUGUGAUUCACACCAAAACUUUUACUGUUACGUGUCUUUUAUUAACUUUUAUUUGUGUUUAAACUGGUAUGUUCACUGUUCAUAAUGUUCCUAAAACAAGAAAUGCCCUGACCCGGAUUCGAACCCAGGACCUUCUUGCUGUGCGGCGACAGUGCUAACCACUACACCACUGUGCCGCCCAUUGGUUAUCUUUCAGCACUGAUAAUUCCAGCGACACCCUUAUUUUUGUUUGUCUGGAUCACAGUAUCCAGAAUUUUGUCUGGAUCAGGAUCAACCUUUGACACCUCAUAAAACUCAUUGAGAUCCUUUUGUGUAAUUUUUUUACUAAAGACUGGCCAUUUUUAUAGAGUUAAAAGCAAAAAGUCCAAAAUUUGCCCUAUCUCACAAUGAUAAAGAACCCUUCAAAAAAUUCCUGGAUCCAGAAGGCGAUCCGGAUCACCACCAAAAUUUAAUGGGAUCCUCCUGGGGCUGAGACGCACCUCUGGUGAAAAUUUCAGGUCAAUCCGUCUGUAACUUUUUCCGUAAAGUUGUUCACAGACAAACAAACAAACCAACAAACCAACGCUACCGAAAACAUAACCUCCUUGGCGGAGAUAACUAUAAAAAGGGGCAACUGUGGAAGAAAUCUGGCCCAUGUGCACAGAGAGAGAUCUUUGAGAGGUACGAUCUGAACCAGCUCAAAGCAGGGCCUUUGAUGCCUACACAAUUUUCAAGGCCUGAUAGGAGGAUUGAGUGAUCCACUGUGUCAAACACUGCUGUCAAGUCAAGGAGGAUUAAAAAGGCACAGUUACCAGAAUCAAGGUUUGAUAAAAGAUCAUUAAAAACUUCUGAAAGAGCAGUUUCAGUGCUGUGAAGAGACUUAAAACCAGACUGAAACAGUUUACAAACAUUUGCCCCUUGUGAAAAUUCUUGGAGUUGAUUAAAAACAACUUUUUCCAAAACCUUGGAAAUAAAAGGGAGUUUGGAUAUUGGCCUAAAAUUGGACAAAACCAAGGGAUCCAAGUUUUUCUUUUUCAAGAGAGGUUGCACCAUGGCAUGUUUGAAGGAGGAAGGCACACUUCCGGAGCUGAGACACCGAUUAAUGAGAGUCAAAAUAAAAGACUGAACAGUAUUAAAAACCUCCUUGAACAAACGGGAAGGAAUGCUAUCAGAUGGACAGUUAGCAGGACGUAAGUUUACCACUAUUUCAUUAAGUGUUGAGAGGGAAACAGGCUCUAACUGCUGAAAGACAGCUGAGCUAGCUGAAGGAACAGAGGGGUCCUGAACAGGGUUUGUCAUAUUUAAUUCUUUUGUCGUGUUCGUUGUUUGCAUCUGUGGAUUUGUUAGAGAGGAGAAGAAAAUCUGCUUUUUGAUUUUAAUAGGCCAUUUAUAGUUGUCAAAUUGUUGAUGCUUUUCUCAUAUAAAUACAUUUAUUUCAGAUAAAGAUUGGCCUAUUUUACUUUAUGGGCUUUUUUUAAUGAAGUUGUAUUUUUCAUUUAAAUGUAUACCUUUUUGAGCUUUAAUAAACCACUCCUGUAGUUAUACAGUAUUUAUGUUUAAAUUUUAUUGUUCUUUGAACAGCUGAGCAUAAUUUCAGUUUAAAUAGAAAUACUUGUGACAUGUCAUAUUUGGCUUUGGGUGUGACUAAAAAUUGACUCUCACUUAGCGCUAACAAUAUUGGAAUAUAUAUCCUAUGUCGAUAUUCAGCCUCAAAAUAUCAGGAUAUGACUUUUGGUCCAUAUCCCCCAGCCCUAGUUCUUGCUGUCCUUAUGAAACCCUGAGAGGGAGAGCAGAGCAGCAGGUUUUCUCCAGCUGAAGAAGUCCUCCUGGACUUUGGAGACCCCCCCCCCGAGGUCUCCUGACCCGCCUCUGUGGGCGUUGAGAGUACGGCGUGUUUAACCCUUCUCAGAGUGGUCGAUUAAACAGAGUGGCGACCAUAGACAUAAUAAAAGGGUAGACCCCGCUGGGGGUGCUGCGCAGCGAGAAAUGCGGCCGCCAUCUUGGUCAGGUCAAGCUUCCCAUACGCUCCGGUCAAUCGUAUUCAUUCAUUCAUUCAUUCAGCGAUGCCGGAGCACUGUGCGGCGUAUUCCUGUGCCAACAGGCGGACAGCAGAGAACAGGGCUCAAGGAAUAACUUUUCACAGUUAUGAUUAAACGUUUUUUCAACAUUACACUUGACUGUAGAGUCAUUUGUAGGCCAAAGAGGAAGACUAUCGGUCAACUCCAAAAAGGAAACAGCAUUUGCGAACAGCUUGCUUAUUCACAAUAAUAGCAACUUUGCUCUAUUAUCAACAGAUUUGCAUUAGAUUGAAAAACUUUUGUUUGAGAGAGGUUCUAAGAAACGUCAAGAAAUAAAAUAGAAAGAAGAAGGAAGAAAGUGAGCUCUGUUUUAUUAAAGAUUUCUUUGUGGUGAUCUCCUGUUUCAUUUUGAAGAUUUCCUAAGGACAAAAACUUGAGGAUGAAGUGGGAGAUUGCUGUUAGAGGGAGAAAUUCACAGCAAGUGAUUCCUCUGUGCUGUGUAGCCAACAAGCAAAUUGAUAUGUAGUUUAGAUGCUGUCCUGUCACGCUGUUCUUGUGUUUAAAUUUUUAUUGAUAUGUAGGCUAUAUAUUUGUGUGUAUUUCUUUGUGUGUAUUUUCCAGUUAUUAAAAUAGUGCUUCUAUAUGACAUUAUUUGUGUGUGUCUACAAAUGGAUAAAUAAAAUUAAACUAUAUAAAAAAUUAUAAUCAAAUCAAUAUUGAAUUGGCCUAUUAAAACCGCCAGUUAUUAAUAAUUAUUGAGACAUAGCAGGAACCUAGCUCUAAACCUAAAUAUAUCCUUGAUUAAUUGUUAUACUAUAAUACAGCCACUGCUGCCAUGUUCUAAAAUAUCAUUUUAUUCAUUCUGAGUAUUUGAAAACGCCAAAAAAAAAAUAUGGCCUCUAUCAAGCCUCUUUGAAUGGCGUUUGCAGAGAAGAAAAUUACGUAGUAUUGAGCGAACUAUGAUUCAUUUAAUGCGCUCAGACCUCAUUCCGCCGGUUAAACAGCAGUGCAGAGUGAGGCGGAUGACCGGACCAAGAUGGCGGCCGCAUUUCUCGACAGCGCCCAUUCGUGGUAGCGGCCGACGCGGGGUCUAUCUUUUAUUAUGUCUAUGGUGGCGACACUCCCAUAGACAUACGCUGAACAGCCCGGCGGACCCCACUUCCGGGUUAUAGAACGCUUGUUAGUUCCAACAUGACCGCCUGUCACAUCGGACGCCGUUCACUUCUGUGGCCACAAGGCAAGCACUCACUGAGGUUAAAUGAUAAAAUAUCAACAAGUUUGAUGCCAAUACGUGUGUUAUUGAUAUCGAGGGGACCCCUAUAUAUGUAAAAAUGUAUAUCCCAAAUGUAAUUACGUUGUUUUAGUCAGGAACUGGGAUCGAUUUUUUAGCCACGGUUUGCUCCCACACUCCCCGAGGUAAAAUAUUGUAUCAACGAAUGUAAUGCCAAUACGUGUGUUAAUGGUAUCGGGGGACCCCUUUAUAUGUAAAAUGAUUUUAAUUUUAGUAUACUCAAAUUGUAAUUACAAAUGUAAUUCCCUUUUUUUAGUGAGGAAUUGGGAUCGAUUUUUUAGCCACGGCCUGCUAGCUGGACGUCGUCAGCUGUAGAGGCCUGCCAAAAUGUAUUGUGUGACUGAGUUAUGAAUCACAGAUGAAUCAUCAUCAUCAAUCAUAUGUUGAGAUGGUUACUUAUGGGCUUUAUUUUAGAUUUCAGCCUUUAUCAGUUCCCGAUGUUAUGUGCAAUUUAUUCUUUUUAGACUAACAUAAAUGCUAUGUAAUUUGAUUUCUGCUUAUGGGAUGAUAGCGUAAAGGGGCCGCUACUUUUUAAAUCCUGUCAGCAUUUAAGGCGUAUGUUUAACAUGAAAAAAUGUUAUGCAGGCCAUGCUGCAAGACCAAAACAUUGUACAAUUGUUUAAACAGCUUGUAACACCUCUGACUUACCACUUUAUUGUAUUAUUUUCUCUUAUUAAAAAGUAACACGCGUUACCAAACUUGUCUUAUUUCACUUUUAUUUGUCAUCCAGCCGCUAAAUAUACGUACGUGACUUUGACGUGUAUACAGUAAUCCAAUAAGAGUUGCAAAUGUUGACUUUUUACGGUUAAUUUUAAUAUUUACCUCUUAAAUGCGCGCUCACUGCAGUCUGCCCCGUUGAAGAGCAUGGACAGUGCAGGCUGCUUUGGAACUAUGGAGGGGUACAUGAACCACGUGACCGCUCCGGCGGCGAGAUCUGAAGUUGUCGCCACUCUGUUUAAUCCAUUGCUCUGACCCUUCUCUGUUUUGUCUCCUCAGGUCUCAUGGCAUCUCUACAGAGCACGCUCAGUAACCCCUCCCUGCAGUCUUCUCUAAGCAACCCCAACAUCCAGUCCUCCCUCAGCAGCCACUCCUUUUCCAACUCCUUAAGCUCCGCCUCCCUGCACUCGUCUCUAAGCAACCCUUCCCUGCAGUCCUCCUUGAGCUCUUCCCCCUCUCUGCCAUCCUCCCUCAGCAGCCAAUCGCUGCACUCCUCCCUCAGUAACUCCUCCCUGCAGUCGGCGUCCAGCAGUAACCCCAGCUACAACAGCAGCGGCGUGGGCGGCACUAGCUCCUGCUCCUCCAACUACUCGCCGCUGUUGAGUGGACAGGGCCAGUCGUCACUCAGCACAUCGCCACGGAGACGGGCGCAGCUCUCCCCGCUCAUCCUGCCCAUGGGAGGGGAGGUGAGGAGGCAUCACUCCAAACAGUUCUCCCCCACGAUCUCCCCCACCCUGUCCUCCAUCACACAGGUAACACCAGCUGACUCUCUUUACACCACAUGACCUGCUUCAGGUCCUGGGGCCUCAUUUAUAAAUGCUGAGUACGCACAAAAGAAAGCACAUGCCACUUGUAAUCAACAUUUGGGAUUUAUAAAAAGCAAACUUGACAGAAGAAUGUGCGCACCUCCACGGCAGCUCUGACACUGCUCUACGCACAAAAUCUGGAGAAACUGCAACCCCAACAGUAGAAGGAUGAAAUGAAAGACAGCGAAAUGUGAAAUUGAUAUAUUUGUGUGAAAUAAUCGAAUAUUACACAUUUCAUAACUCAUAUCAUACAUUAAGGAUAUAUUUGCAAAAACUAAGGAGGAAAAAUGUAUAUUGAUGCCCCAGGGAGUGCGCGAGCAAACGCACGCACACACCUACACACAUAGCCUGAUUACUGAAUCAAUUAUGAUCCGUUAUUGUGAAACAAACCUUAUACAUUGUGAAAUCCAUUCACAUAAACAAUAAGGCAGACAGUAACCAUGUUCCCAAAAUGUGUCAUACAAAUAAAGUUUUAUAUUAAUAAUUGUAAUCAAAAUGACAUGAUCACUGCGCAAAAUGACUGAUCAAUUAAGCUUCAACAUCUGUAGCUGAUCAGGAAAUUAAGUUCUGGUUGGAUAUAAAAAGGCACGCAAUCACAAUGCGUAAAGACGCACAAAUGGCUUAUCUGGGCGCUGCUGGAGGACAUAGCGCAAGGAAGACUCCGGAGGGAGCGGAUCUUCUGCUGUGUGCCAGCGACUGGACACGUAUGACACACACAAGAGGAAGAGGCAAAACAUUUUUUUAUUUGUUCACUAACUGUUUCAGAGAUGCGCCGAUGUCUAUUGAGAUGCAUUUGAUUUCCCUAAACCCCUGCAGCACCCCAGCCGACCCAGCUGGAACACCCAGAGGCUGAAAAGACAUAUUAUUUAACUUUAAAAUUAACCAUUGUGAAUUACGUUCCAAAUGUUAGUAAAUUGUCAUUUUUACUAUUUCAAGCAAGAGAAUACAAUUACCUUCAUUCUGUGCCUAUGGAGCAUUUGGUGCCUCAAGCACAUUCGAUGUAUCUGUGUCCACCUCCACCUCCAUCACCACACCGCUCAGGAGGGAUUUCUCAAUGAUCCCCACCAGCUUUUCCUCUGUGGGGGGGAGCUUCAGUGUGCCCCGUCACCCACCUGUUGAUCAGACACUUUUUCUGUAGAGGGCAACACGCCUUUUCGCCUCCGUUUUGAUGUCGGACCAUUUCUUUUUGAUUUCGGCCAUAGUCCAACCCUCUGAGGCGACCUUAUUCACAACAUCUGCAACAUCAUGUCUCUACUCUUAAACCUUUCUGGCAUUAGUGACGCCAACACUGUACCCACCAAAUAAGUCCACCUCACCUAUUAGUGUUUCGAUUGAGGUUUCUUUAUUUCGCCCGUUUUCCGUCUCCGUCCUUUAUGACCCACAGCCUCUCAUUGAAUAUUUAUACAGGGUGUUCACCUUCCCUCUUAUAGGCUCAAUAUGGACGGAGCAAAGCGUUCUCUCAUGUGCGACAACUUUAGAGUUGACUGUGAUUUAUAAACGGAAACAGGUGUAGGAUGUGCGUGCGCACUCUGUCAUAAAUCUGAAUGUUUUUGCGCGCACGCAUUUUCUGUGUUUCCGGCGUAUGCCACCUGUAGUGAGCUUUCCUAUGUUCAGUUUUAUAAAUGAGGACCCAAGUCCUGGUCUGAUCAGACCAGGACCCUUCACACCUAUCAUUUCAUUUUGUUCUCAUGAGUCCCACUUUCAUGUGUCUGACCGUCAUCCACUCUGUCCUCCAUCCAUCUCCGUCCUGCAGGGCGUCCCUCUGGACACCAGCAAACUGCCUCUGGACCAGAGGCUUCCUCCAUACCCGCUCAGCCAGUCCCACCAGCACCAGCAAGGCUCCCAUCAGCCUCUCCCCGGUCUGCAGGGCUCCCAGCCCGGCCAGCAGCCCUCCCAGCUGGGCCAGCACCACCACCAGCAGCUGCACCGCCUCCAGCAGCAGCAGCAGCAGCGCCCCAACGCUCCGCCCCAGCAGCAGCAGCAGCAGCAGCAGCAGUCACAAGCCAUGCAGCAGCUCCACCUGCAGAACCUCCGCAACACACACAACCAGCACAUGCAGCAGCAGCACUUUGGAACGGUACACACACACACACACACACACACACACACACACACACAAGGAGGAUGAUGAAGAUGAUGACGAAGCAGAUUGAUGGUCACUUUUAAAUAAACCACACUCUCUAACAGUGUUGAUUGUGUUUUUUCCAUGCAGCAGCAGCAGAGGCUGAUGGGGCAGCAGGCCAACACACAGCUGAUCAAGAACGAGAGGGCCAUGGACCCGUGCAUCCAGAGCCUGUCGUCCUCUCAGUGUCACGUCAAACAGGAAGCGGAGCAGCAGGCGGAGCAGCAGAGAGCGGGCGGCCUCCCUCAGCUCCAGCAGAUCAGCCACAACCUGGCUACAGACUUCUACAACGUGAGUGACACCAUCAGAACCACUCAGACAAGUCCCAACAGUGACCCCACAGGCCGCAGUGUGUACUGCAGUCAUUUUAUGAUGGAGGCACACAAACAAACCACCGCACUAACACACUGACUCUUUUUCUGAGUGGAUUAUUUUUACAUUUUAAUUUUGACUCAGUGAUGAUUUUAGAGAAUAGGUGAAGAGACUCCCUGAUGGUCUGAGGAUCAUGAGAGUCCAUGUCUUAUGUGAAGGCUCCAAUAAUGCUGAACUUUAUAUACAGGUUUAAGAGCAUCAGGACUCUGUAGUUGGAGUCACCGCAUGGACGUAAUAUCAAAAUCUAACACUCUUUUGGAAAGGACAACUGGACUUGAUAGAGACGUUUCGCCUCUCAUAAAAACACUGACAGCAGGGUCAGUGUUUUUAUGAGAUCAGGUCGUUGUAGAUCAGUUUUCCAAAACUCAAAUGUUUCCCUGAAACAGAUGUGGUGAGAUGAGGGAUCAAAGUUUGUAGUCCUGGAGCUCAGAGCGCCCGAAGAGACCAGAGCUCAACAAACUGGAGCUAUUUCAGGAAACGGAGCUACAGGAGCAAUGCUAUAUAUCGUUAGGUCAAAGUUUAUCUGUGUUCUAUCGGCAUGAAAAUAUAGGACAGGCUGUGAAUGCUCAGAAUCAGAAUCAGAAAUACUUCAAUAGUCUUUGAAGUAGAAAUUGCUUUUGUCACUGUCCUCCAGUGCAAAUACAGUAAAAAGAGGAGAUAAAUAAUAUAUAAGUAAAAAUAAAGAGAUACUAUACAAGUAUUUACACUAUAUACAACACAAAUUGUAACAUUGUAUGCAUGUAAAACAGUGAGCAGAGUCCAGGUAAAGACUUUGACUUAAAGUUGAGGUGAUUAUUAACCAAUCAGGGAUCAGCAGGGAGAGGAGUCUGUAUGGAGAGCAAAAGCAGGAGGAACACAAGAUAUCAGCAGAGAUCUGAGGAGGAUCUCUGUCUCUCUAUGAAGGUCAGCUAACAAUCAAACAUCUACACUUAUCCUAGGGCUGCAUGAUUCAUCGAUUUUAAAUCCAAAUCAGAUUAUUUGAUAAUGACGAUGUUAAAAAAAUUAAAAUCAUCAAAUUGAUUUUCCUCUCUAUCAUGUCUCGCCCUUCCAGGCCACCGUAGGCUACCCCUUCCUCCCCAGUUCCCACACACACCAGUGUAAACAAACAUGGCGUUUACAAAAGAAGGCGAUAAUUUUGUGGUUAAAUCGGACAAAAAUGAGUCAGUCAGGUGGAAUUGGUAAGAUUUCACAGUUUCAGAUGAAGAGCAAACCACUCCCCCUGCAAAGUCUGUCUGAAGGCGGUAUCAACCCGCCCACACUGAAAUGAAUUCAGGAGUAAAUGCAAAAGUUUUUUGUCGUAUCGGCGUGUCAGGUGACUGUAAAUGGGUCAGAGAGUGUAUAAAUCCAUAAACGACGACCAUUUCAUCUCCUUGUGGAUGUCUAUCUGCAUCUCUGGAAACGAUCAUGUGACACACAGUGUUACUCUUUUAUGGUGCCGAAACAACCUUUAAACACAUGCUCUUUACUCUUCCUCUGUCUUUUGUGCAUCUCCUGUGCAGCGUUACAGCGCCACUUACUGGCUUGGCUUAUGCACUACAUCGUUUUCAGUGGUUUGGUUUUGAAAGAAGGGCGGCACAGUGUUGUAGUGGUUAGCACUGUCGCCUCACAGCAAGAACACCCUGAUGGAGAGAAAAGGAAGAAGAAGGUCUGGGUGUCAGAUUUAGAGGUCUGUUGAGGAGAAGUCUUUGUUUACAGACUCUCUGAUAUCCAAGCCUCCUUCGAGUCCAGAGUCUGGGAGUCUCCCAGAUCCUAAAGUUACACCGUCAGGGAAGUCCCGGUCAUUUAAGACUCUCAAACACAGACUCAUGUGGAGCUUUCUCUCGUGGGACCCCCCCCCCAUGGGGUCUCUGCUUCCUUCUGGAUCGAAGGCUCCUAUUGGCUGAUGAGAACAGUGUUUCUGUGUCACAUGACGAUAAUAAACGUUAUGUUUUUGUUUGGUGAUUGUUAAUUUCUGCUGUUUUUUCCCAGGAUGCCUUGUUCAACUCUCUCCUGGACGACCCAUACCUGAGUCUGCAGCUGACGGGAAAAUCCAACCAGCAGGUGAGUAACACACCUGAACAUGAUGUCGUGGUGGAGUAUAGAUAUCAGUGGCUGAAGGCGGGAUGAUGUCAGUGUUUACAGACUCAGUCAGACAGGAACACCUAGUGGACACGGUUUGUCAUCUGGACCCUCAAAAAUAUAGAAAUGUGGAGCCCAGAGUCUAAAAUCUGAGGAUGACAGUAGAAGUUGUUCUUUUUUUUUUUUUCCAUUUUCUUUUUUAUUGAUUUUACACAUCAAUAUUUCAUCAACAUUUUACAUAUAUUGAACAAAUUUUCAACUGUAUAUAUAACUGUGAAGUAGAAUUUCCACUCCCCUCUUUCAUUGUCUCUUUUCUCCUGUUGGAAGGUAAACAUAAUAAACAAAUGAACAAGUUUGUAGCCUGAACCAAGGGGAAGUCAGACCAAGUCUCACGACAGGUCUGACAUCGUGUACGCAAGCUUGAGUCAGUGUGGAUCUGCGGUGCAGCAAAUGUCUGUCUCUAAAUAAUUGAUAAACAAACCUCAAACCUGUCAUUAAGCACAAUCAGACAGAUUUCAUUAAAGAUUAAGACAUAAAUAAAAUCAAAUAAAUUUGUUAUGUCCUUGGUGAAUAGGCCUAUUUGAUAACUCUGCCCAGAAACACUGCCACAGAGCAGGAGCGCCGUUUCAAUAUUACGCACACACGCGCCACUGUGGAGCGCUGUGUCUGACUCCUAAAAGGCAGGUGUCUCUGUCUUGGCCUAGCAGCGGGGAUGUUGUUGUACACUCCUGAAAGGGUGUGGGACAUCAUUUGGGCCAGUACAGUUUUGCACAAUGUUGCACUGGUGAAUGGAGUGCCGUUGGCUGUGCUGGUGCAAUGUGAAGACCUGAUGCCUGGAGAACAAUAACAAGGAGAGACUCCACAAAGGUGCUGCACAGAGGAGACAGGACCUCAUCGAUGGAUUUUGACAUGUAAAGUAUAAGUUUAGAAAGUGCUCUUGCUAUUUAAUCAGUGAUAAAAAUCCAAUAGAAAUCCAUAAAAAUGUGCCUCAGGGGCAGCAACACACUGUUUAGUGACGUUAAUAAUUAUUUUUGUUCAGCCUCUGUCAGACUCUCCAGUCUGCUCUACAUUACAAAGACGCAACAAAUUAAAACUAAAUGCUUUCAAUAAUAGGAGCAAUCUACCCUAUGUAAUGGCAAUAAAAAAUAUAAGGCAUUUAUGAGAUAUUAAUUUAUCAUCAUGAGCAACUUAUUGACUAAUGAUUUAUUCAAACUUCAGCCACUGUCCACUAUUCCGCAGCCGCGCUGUUCACGGCCACCAUAAUCCUGCUCCAGACAGGAGUUUUCUGGACUGCUUUUAUACCAGUUUUGAUGCUUCCAGAGAGAAAAUCCUUGUUAGUUUCCACCACAGAUGUGAGGAUAUCCACUUUCAGCUUAGAAAAGUUUUGCAUCUUUCUAAUAUUUCUCCUCUUUCAUGUUUGACCUCAGUUGACGAUCAUACGUACCCUGGGGUUGGUCAGAUACAAACCUUUUCAUAAGUCUCACGUGUGUCGUUUCGAACUAUGAAUCCUGCGCUCAGAUCUACACAAAAUUGAUGAAUGUGGGCCACUGUCUUUACUGCACAAAGUCUGCUCUCAAUUGAGACACAAAAUCAACCCAGUUUUUCCAGUAGUUUUUUCAAAGUUUCUGUUUUUAGUCAAGAUGAGAAAGUCAGCUUCUCCAUUCUAUAUCUACAGUACAGACCAAAAGUUUGGACACACCUUCUAAUUCAAUGUCUUUUCUGUCUUUUUUUAUAUGACUAUUUACAUUGUAGAAUAUCACUGAAAGCAUCAAAACUAUGAAUGAACACAUGUAGAAUUUUGUACUUGUAAAAAAAGUGUGAAAUAACUGAAAACAUGUUUUAUAUUCUAGUUUCUUUAAAAUAGCCACCCUUUGCUCUUGAUGACAGAAGCACUUAGUGACUGACUCUGUCAGUCACGAAGUAACCCUGACAAGGCUCACAUCAUGAAGCUCAUUGAGAGAACAGCAAAAGUUUGCAGUGCUAUCAAAAAAGCAAAGGGUGGCUACUUUGAGGAAUCUAAAAUAUAAAACAAGUUUUCAGUUAUUUCACACUUUUUUCUUAAGCACAUGAUUCCACAUGUGUUCAUUCAUAGUUUUGAUGCCUUCACUGAGAAUCUAAUAUUAAAAUAGUAAUGAGAAUAAAGAAAAUGCGUUGAAUGAGAAGGUGUGUCCAAACGUUUGGCCUGUACUGUAUGUAGGGCCGGGACGAUAUGCUUUUCUCCCGAUUUGAUUCUUCUACGAUUUUUUGGAUGCCAAUUCGAUUUAAACUGUGAUUCUGCAAUAUUGUCGAUUUUCUCGAUAUUUAAUUUGCAUUUUUAACACCAGUAAAACAGUUAAACAAUUACGAUUAUCUACUGACUAUUCCAGGAACCAUAUGUCCCCAAAAAAUACACAUCACAUGUAAGUCAGUUUUUAAGAUUUAUUCUUAAAUAAAAAAAAAAAAAAGAAAAGAUUUUUUAAAAUAAAAAUUGAUUCAAAACCUCUACCCAAUCCUCGAUUUUUGCUGCAUCUGUUUUUUUCUACUGAUGGCCUUUUUAGCCUCCACCAACAGUUCUCCUUUUUCGAAGGUCAACGUCACAUGACUGUUAGUCUGAGCGUGCUCACCUCUUUUCGACUUCCGACCUCUUGGAAACAAAAUCUCAGGAGUUGAUGGAGUUAAGGGAAAUCAGGGUUCUCAGGUCUGCAGGUCAGGUCUGGUUUCUCAGACUGGCCUCUUAGUCCUUCUGAAGGUCAGAUGAUCCAGCAGCUCCACACUGAACCUCUCUUUUCAGCUGCUGACCACCUUCUAACUGCAGAACCAGAACCAGGAUCAGUCGCUCUGAUUGGUUUUAGGGGGUCAGCAGGAAACCAAAGAGAAUCAUUCUUCGACCUUAUCCAGUUUUUGGUCCUCCGUUAAGUUCAGUCUCACCAGAUCUUCUUUAAGUGGUCUCUUUCUGAUCCAGUUCUCUGCAGAGAACCAGGGUGACUGUCUGUCCCUGAACCACGGCGGUCUGAGCUGCAGCAUCACUGACAAGAACCAGUUCCCCUCCAACACCCAGGGCUCCUUAGACCUGCAAGACCCUGGGGACCAGCAACUCCUCAAUAACCAGAACCAGAACUACAGCGGGGGGGACGGACGACACAACGUGCCCAACAUCAUCCUCACAGGUGGGUGUCUGAGAGGGUCUGACCUUGAUUUGAUUUGAUUAGAAAUUCUUUAAUGUCCCCUAAGGCCAAUUUGGUUUGCAACAGAAGAUAAAAACACACACAAUCCUCACAUCACAGAAAGAAAGCAUACAGCAGAAAUAAUAGAUAAAUAAAAUAUAUGUGAAUACACAGAGUCAGCAGAAUUUCAUGGAUGUAUUGUUCCCAUCAAUCUCACCUACAGCUUAUUCCAAAUACCAAUGUCUGUUGGGAUGAAACAUUUGAGAUACCUGUUUGAUUUGAUUUUGCAGGUAAAAGUGAACCUUCUCUUUUUUAAGGGAGAAGCUGAAAUUCUGUAUGGAGAGGAUGGAGGGGGUUUGCCAGAAUGACCUUUGCCCUCUGAGUGACUCUGGAUUUAAAAACAGAGUCAAGAUCAUUCAGACUCAUGCCAGUAGCUUUUUAGCAAAGUUUCACAAAGUUUCUCAGCUUAUUUUUAUUUGUGAUACUGAGAUUACCAAACCAACAUAUCCUAGAAAAGGUUCAAAUGGACUCAGUAAAAGAAGAGUAAAACAUUUUAAGAAGCUUUUUGUCAACAUUAAAACACGUCAAUUUCCUCAGAUAAAAUAACCUCUGAUUUGCCUUUCGAUGGCAUCUGAGUUGGUCUCAAAGGACAGUUUGUCAUCCAGAAAGGUACCGAGGUAUUUGUACUGACUGACUACUUCUACAGCUUUACCAAUAACCAAGGUUUGAGCUGUGGCAGGUCAAUUCUUCCAGAAAUCAAGAAUCAUGUCUUUCAUUUUUGACACGUUAAGCUGCAGAAAAGAAUCGUUACACCAUCUAACAAAAACGUCAAGCACAGGACCGUUUCCAUCCUCAUGAUCUCGCAGAAAGCUUGUGAGCACAGAAUCAUCUGCAAAAUUUACGGUGAUCCUCAAUUCGAACAAACUCUUACAUUUAUUAGUGUAAGGCAUGAACAAUAAAGGUGAUAAAACACACCCCUGAGGUGAGCCUGUGGAGCACAGCAGGGUCUCAGACAGACAAUCAUUGACACGAGUUCUCUGUGGUCUUGCUGUCAGAAAAUCAACUAGCCAGCAUAUGGUUCCAAAAUCAAUGUUGGGUAUUUUUCAAAGCCUGUGGGCAAAAACACAAGGUUACAUACAGUUAAGGCUGAUGAAAAAUCAGCAAAGCAAAGGCGUGCAUGUGUUUUCCUACCCUCAAGGUGCCUGACAACCAAGUGCAACAAUGUUGCCACAGCUUCCUCCACUCCUUUCCUGGGUUGAUAAGCAAAUUGGAGUGGAUCAAUCACUGCCUGUGUCAUAGAAGGUAAGCUCUUCUUCACGAAGUGCUCAAAACUUUUCAUCACUACUGACGUGAAGGCCACAGGACGAUAGUCAUUCAAUAUCUCUGGUGAAGGUACCUUUGCCACUGGGACGAUAAUGGACUCUUUCCAUAAUGAGGGAACUUUAUUAGAUAACAAAAACUGCUGAAAGAUGAAUGUAAAGAUUCUACUUAAGAAUAGGGCACAACAUUUGAGUAAACGGCCACUCAUGCCAUCGGGCCCCUGAAUUUUUCUUACAUUAGUCUUUUUGAAAUUACUCCACUUGGUCAUAUAGAGCCAUGUGGAAUAAAGGUGAUGCAGGUCUAUGUUCAGGUCCAGGUUCAGUGUCCUCAGCUUUGACCCGUCCCGUUUCUGUCCCCACAGGAGACUCCCCUCCUGGUCUGUCGAAAGAGAUUGCCAGCGCUCUGUCUCAUGUCCCCGGCUUUGAGAUGGACCCCUUCUCCCUGGACGACCCGCUCAGGAUGGACCCUCUGGCUCUGGACAUGUUGGACAGCGACCUGAUGCUGGCCGACCCGGCUGUGGAGGACUCCUUCAGAUCCGACCGGCUGAAGUGACCCGUGACUUUCUGCUCCGGAGAGCUUGGCGGGAAUCGGUGAAAAAACAGAUGACCACCCAGUGGGAGGUGGGACGGACCAGGUGAAACACCACUCCCCCUAAAAACGGUCUGAGGCAGAGCGAGGCGUGGACUUUAGUAAAGGAUCCACAGACUUCAGGAGGAACUGAAGAAGAAGAAGAGGAGGAGGAGGAGGGAACGUUUCUGUUGGAGGCACUUUUCUGAAAAAAAAAAAAAAAAACAAUCUCGCCAAGCUUGAAGUCAAGACGAUGAUGCUUCUCUUUUUCGGCAUUAGCUUGUUCGAGUCUUAUCUGCAUGUGAAUGAAAAAUACACUUGCAAAAACGCAAGCACGCAGGAAUCAAACGCUCACCUGACGUCAGCUUUAUGUAAGAAACCAGCAACGCUUGGAAGAUCCCAACCCCGGGGAGGAGAUCCGGGUUUAACCCCCCCGAUGGAUGAGCAGCAGGACAGGAACUUAGCCAUGAUUUAAAGGUCUAUCUAUUUUUCCUUCUUCAACGUCACCCCCAAGGAGUGAUGAUAGUGCUGAAAAACGUGCUUAGAGGUCAAAGGUCAGUCUGUAUGACGUCUGUGUGUCUAAAAUCAGCAGCUCCAACUCUCUGUGAUCACUCAGGUGCCGUUUUCAAACUCAGAGACUGAACCGAGAGCUUAAGGAAACCGUGUUUUCAGGUCUCUGCAGGAUCAGCUGUUUCAGCUUCUACAUCAGUCAGUGUUUACCACCGAAAACUAACUCACCACCUCCACCAACAAAAAGCAGCUGUUUGAGUUCCCUCUUCUCUGAGAUUCCUGCAGGUAGGGCUGGGCAAUAUGUGAAAAAGUUCAUCAGAUAUAUUUUUUUCAUAUCAGUCAAUAUCGAUAUAUAUCACGAUAUAAAAAAUGAAAUUUAACAGUGUUUAUUGGUAGCAUGUCUUUUGCGAUACAAUAAUCUACUGCAUCUGUGAGGUCUUUUUGUCUCUUAGAGGAGACAAAGCGGACUGAAUGGUCGCCUGCAACUUUGUGAGAACAUGUACUCGACAUGAUUUACAGUACACAUUACUCUGCUUCAUGUCCAACCUCAAAAAAACAAAAUACCUCCACAACACCAUUGUUUUUGUGCCAGUGUUGUCGACGAUGUCAUCAUCUGUUGAGCCUUCAUCGUCAUGUCUGUUGGGGGUAGCACUCAUUUUCUUUUUUUCUCACCAACAGUGCUGUCGGCUUCACCUGUUUAAGUGCUAUGGUUGGGUGUAGCUGUUGUCUGCUACUACGCAGUUGUUUGAUACUUGGUUCUAAUUCAGCACAUGAUUGGUUCAACGCGAAGCGGACCCGUAGCGACCUCCCUUUUCAUUUGCUAUUCCUACAGUCUACCAAAACAUGUCAGAAUAACAACUAUUGACCAUGUUUUAUAUCAAAAUUGAGGGAAAUUAAUUUUAGAUAUAUAUCGUUAUCGUUUUAUUGCCCAGCCCUACCUACAGGUAUUUCCUCCUCUUAGCUUUCAUCGCUCUGAAACUGCAGGAGCCGAUCCAGGUGUCUCCUAAAACUUCACAGACCGAGAGGAAUUGUUGUAGAAACAGUUUAGAGGACAGAAAACCAAGUGUGGUGUUAGUUCAGGCAGGCCAUAAGUCAAGCUCCGCCCACAGCACAUCAGCUGAUCGUGACGUGAGUGACAGCUCAUUACCUGAAACACCUUUUUCAUCUCAUGUCCUUUUUUUGAUGGUCGACAGUCGUGUUUAUCAAAUCCUGAAGAAACCAUCUUUCCUUCUCUCUGCACGUCCUCACGGCGGCCUCUAGAGAUCGCUGACUGCCAGGGUUUUUGGUGGAAUCACUGACUGACGUACGAAACUUUGACCUUCGCCCAGAAUCACAUCCGCUCAGCUCACCGUGUCAAAGUUUUCAGAAAAACAAAGUGAGUCAUUUUGCAGAGUUGAGGUUUGAGAAUUUAGAGUCCUGAAUGAUCACAGAGAGCGGGUCCAUCUCUGAACCUCGGUAUCACUGCCAGAUAGACGGGCCUCAUCCUCAGAACUUCAGUGUGCUGCAGUCUGAAACGCGCUGCAGAGGAACGCUGAACAAUCAAACUGAGAAAAAUUCCAACAUGAAAUAAUUCAGCGUACAAACAGCUGAGAGUCUUAAAUAAGUUCUCCUCCAUCACAAAGACGCUCCAACAAACCUGUGCACUUUUACAGCAUCAUCCUAUUUCAGGCUCGAACCUGCAGCUCAGUGUGUUUUAGCCUCGUGUGCCUGCUGCUGUGUCUGUGUGUUUGUGUAUGUAUGUGUAUGUGUAUAUGUGUGUUUGUCUGUUACAGCUGAGUCUCGUCCACCCCCCUGACACAGAAAUGUUCCAGAUGCAGCGAAUCCUCCUGCCUGUAGAUAUGCAGACCGGCUGCAUUUCAGUGUCAGUGAUGCAUUCCUGCAGUGAAGCAGAAUGUUGUGCAGAUUUGGAGGAGGAGGAGACGUUUCAAGGUUGUUGUUACUGAUGUAAAAAGACUUCUAAAGAUUUUAACGUUAAACACGCCCUGAAGAGUCAUUUUCCAAACUAAACAGUCAAAAAGGAAAAAAAAAGGUUUUAUCCUCAGGUCGUCCUAUUUUAAUGUCCGUUCACCGGACUCAAUCAAUCCAGAACAGUUGACUGCACGUUUUUAUAAAGGCAUAAAAACUGAAUAUGCAUUUAAAGAAAAAUAACAUUUAAAUAUUUUUGACAUUUAUUGAUCAAAAUAGUGAAAAACAUACAACAACAAAAAAAGUCCAAAACAAUUGUCCAGUAACAGAAAUAAUUCUGGAGACUAACGCUUAAAGUGCCUGUGAGGAACUUUUCAUUUGUGUUAACUUUGGCGGCCCCCUGUGGACCAAACAGUUAAUCCUUAAUGCAGAGAAUGUCAUCCGGCUGACCAUUACACUCAGAUCUUUAUGAUGUAAAAACAGCUGAGGAAAAUCAGAAACCACAACCUGAAAACUCCUCACCUGUUGUAAACAUGAAAAACACAUCACAGGAGCUUUAAAACAAAAAAAACAGGAAACCUAAACAUUUAAAAAAGGAAAAACAGAAAGUAACUGAUUUCCCAUCAGGGAUCAAUGAAGUUCUUCUUCUCUUCAUUAAAAAAAGUCAUCGAAUCAGAAGUUUCAGAUUAAAAAACUGGACCUUCAGCAGCAAACCAUCACAGCUGUGGAACAACGUGAGGGACGUUUCAAACUAUACCUGAUCAUUAGAGUUCUAAUAGAGGGUAUGCAGGUGAGGCCACAGUGAGCGGGGUCACUGUGACAUCACAGUAGGCGGGGUCACCGCACAGAAAACUUGAACGUUCAAGCCAAACGAGCGCACAGGGAGGAAAGAUGACAAGUUUAGGUUUUCAGAGUCACAGAGCUGACUCUGUCUGACCCAGUUAGAUCACCAUGGUAACAAGUGAAAGCUAAAAACUCCAGUCUGCUCAGGCAACAUAGACUGUAUAUACUAUGGACAACUUGGUUCCGCCUCCCGCCAGUUUAUGGAUUUAAAGCCAAAAAGCUCUUGGUAAUUCUGUGAUUUUUCUCCAUUUCCUGAAACCAACAUUGCGCAGUAGCAUUGUACGCAUUUGUCGGGAGAGUCGCCAAGAGCCGCUGUGAUAACACUCGGCUCAAAGAGCGUAUCUACUGGGUGAGCUACGCAAUCUUUGUAAGCCCGUAGGCUGUAUCAAAUGUCAAUCAUAGAAAACAUGAACCCCCUAAUAACUUUUAAAAAUGGAGCUUCACAGAAAAAAAGAGGACUUGAGCACAAACCAGUCUUACAAUAACUACAUGUUAACAUCACAAGCAGGGGGGAGAAAAAAAUAUAUUUUGUGUCAUUAAUUUAUAAAUUUUGUCCACAGCUCCAUAAGCAGGUGGGAUUUAUGACCUAUACUGCAGCCCAUCAACAGAGGGUGCUGUUCUCAGAGUGGCUUCACCCAGAGAGGAGGCAGACAGCGUCUGUUCUAUAUACAGUCUAUGUCCGGGACAGUGACUGGAAUCAAGGAGUCUCAUUCAUGAAAAGUUUGUCAAAUUAUGUGUAGGUUUGCAAAGAAAAGUCCUGAACUAAAAACCUACACCAGACUCCCGAACUCUGAUCUGUGAGGUCGGCAGGUGUGGAUUUGUGCGUCUGAGCAGCUAAAGAUACAGAGAGAGAAACGUCACAGUUGUGGAGGUUCAGAUGAUUUUUUUAAAAAGACAGAUUUCCUUUUCUGAGCGGUGGUGUGACACUUGGACAGAGGUCCUGCGUGGGCUCCAUUUCACUCCAGCUGUCUCUGGUGAGUGACCUGUUGAAUUUACCCCAAAAAAAGAGAGAGCUGAUAAUGGAGGAGAAGCUAAAAGACCGCCUUUAUAGAUGUCCCCACACGGCGACGGUGCAGCACACACUGCAGUUCUUAAAUUUAAAGAUAAAUGUUGAAUAUUAAAAAUCCGCCCUCUCAGAGUGUUCUGUGCAGCGUAUGAAUCGGGUCCAGUCAAAGGUCCGAACCCUGUAGACCCUCUAUUAAAGAACUGAUCAGUGAUGGUGAGAUUUAUCGCAGUCGUCGUGUCUGUAAAUAAAAAAGCUCCUCUUUGUGCCUGAUAUUAAAAAAACAGUUCAUUUUUUAUUAAAAGUCUGUAAUUUCAUUUAAAUGAUAAAAAGACUGAAGUGAUGACAUUGAAAGCGAAGCUUUAUACGGUGUCUUGCCCUAUAAGCCCAGUCACUGUGAUUGACAGCCAUCAGCCCUGCCUCCUCUGUCUGCACUUAUAUGUUUAAGCCCCACCCAGAGGCAGAGGGUAUAGUGAUAUUUUUCUGUAAUUUUAAACCCUUUUGAAGACGAUUAUUCGGACUAUACAGAAGCUUUAUUUUUUAAUCCAAAGUGGUUUUAGUCGGUCUGUAAAUAAUUUCUCAGAUUUUAUCUUUAAAAAAAUCUUAAAAUAUUUAAUAACAGAAAAAGAAAAACAAACUGCGUGUAAAUGAGAAACGGCUUUAAAGCUACAGCUGCAUGUGUUGUCUGUGAGCUUCAGCUGUAGAUAUCUGUCCGUGACGCUGGCGCCCCCUUCAGCACUGAGGUGACCGUGUCCGUCGUCAGUUCAAGUUUUUAUUAUUCUGUCUGUUUUUAAUGGAGUUACUGAAGGAUCUGAAGACUGUGACACAAAAACACCAUCAGGAAUUCAAGACGAAAAAUUCAUGAAACUAAAGAGAGAAAACAGGAAUGAUGAUCGGCUUUCCCAGCUUCAUCAUUUUAUAAUUAUUUCUUAAUGAUGGCAGUUUGGUCCCCACCAAAAUAAGAGCCCUCUUUAAAGUCACCUCAGUCUGCCUUAACACAGAAGUUUGAAUGCUGGAAACAACAAUCAAACAUUAUAAAACUGGUUAUAAACUACGGCCACUUUUUAAGAGGAGAAACCUUUAAAUUUUGAUUCUGACUUAAGGCACAAAAUUCAGAGAUAAAACAAAAUUCAUCUUUUUUUAAAUAGUUUUGGGGAAAAUACAAAAUUCUGCUAAAAGUCAGAAACAAGAAAAGAGUCCAUUUUUAAUCAAGACAAAUUCUGAUGUUAUUUUAAAAGUUUCACAGAAAGUAAGAAUUUAAAAAAGUCUAAAUUCCAAGUUAAAUGAAGUCUAAUUUUAAGGGGAAAAAAGUUGAAAUUCUAAACUAAAGUCAGUUAGGAAUGGAAAAGUCUUUUUUUGCUGUAGUCAGAAUUCUGGGAGAAUUAACAAAAUAAAUAUCUUUGAGAACAAAACUAUUUUUGAGAAAAAAAAACUUUAAAAAAAUGAACUUAAAGCAAAAAAAAUUAUAACGUCACUUUUGAAAAAAGUCCCAAUUUUGUGUUAAAAGGUCAAAUUUUUGAGAAAAAAUUACCUGUCAUAAUUCUGAGAAAAUGUUGAGAAUGAAAGUUAACUCAGACUUAUGACUGAAGAACUAUGUAAAAAAAAAAAAAAAAAAAAGAAAGAAAGAAAAGGGGAAAUUUCAAGUUUAACCUCAAAAUUACCUGAAAUAAAAACUGGGGGGAAGAGUUCAGUCGCUGUAAUAAAGUCUGAAUCUGACUUUUAUCAGAAUUUUAAAAUUUUACUUUUAUCAUGUUUUUAUAGAAAAAUAAAGUUUUUAACUUGGACGGAGAAUUUCCAACAAUAACCGAUUUUUAACCCUCCUAUUAUCAUUGAAUAUUGUACAUUUUACCCUUAGGAACAAUCUGACCUCAGGUUUAUUUGCCUCCAGAAAAUGAUUUACAUGUAAUUGUUGACCAAGAUUUUUUGUUAGGUGCUUUGUUUAGUUGUUGAGUACAUAAAUUACCCCCCAACGAUUUGACCUGUUCUCUAGCGCCACCAAUAGGCCAAACUUUAGUAUACAUUACUUCUACUUUUAAAGUUUUCAUACAAAUCUUCUCAGAUUUACUGUCACACACACCGUCAUGCCCAUGUCACAGGAAGGUUCUCAUGAAAAUAUUGUUUCCCCCUCUCCCAUGUCUCACCAGGCAUACAGUCCGCCAUGUUGAAGACCUUCAUUAUUCGAGCUCUUCGUAUAACCAUCAAUUGAAAAUAUUGUAUUGAGAUUAUCAUUUCAGAGGUAUUUGUAGUUGGAAAGACUUGGGUGUGAUCAACUUGCAAACCUAGAGUGGCUUCCUCAUUUUAUCAGGAGCUUACAAGUCAAGUUGUUUCCCACAUGUCCACACCAUGAGAAGUAUCAAAGUUCUGGAGGGAAUAGUUGUUUUCUCCACCUCCCUACUAUGUAUCAACUCAAAAGUAUCAACUCUGCACCUGUAGGUAUGGGGAUGUUAGGUCACACACAAAGACAGGCAAGUUUUACACAGCCAAAACAGCUUGGGGUCAAAUUGACCCCAGAGAAACACCGAUGCAUGCAAUAUGUGUACAGCACAUUAAUAAUAUAACAGCAUGAUAAUUUUAUUCUAAAUCAAUUGUCCCCAUCAAAUUAGGAAAAGUAUUAUUUUUUAAAUGAUAAACAUUGAAUGGGGUCAAAUUGACCCCAAGGAUAAUAGGAGGGUUGAAAAUGAAAUCUGAGUUCUGUGAAAAAAGUCAGAAAAGUAUCAAAAGAUCGGAACUCUGUUUAUUUAUUUUUUUUUAAACUGUGGCUCUAAUCCUUUUCAGAAUAAACAUAGUUUUAAAACUUUUAUCUGUGAAGAACUAAAUUCAGUUUCAGUUUUCCUGCCAUCAUUAAAAAAGAAGCCGCUCAGGUUUGGGGUCGUACUGCUGGUCUGCAAAGUUCUGGAUCUGGGUUAUUAUGUUGAAGAAAUCAGAGUUAAAAAAAAAAAAAAGAGUUUGGUCCUGAGUCGGCGCUGGCAGCCGGCGAGGUCACGGUCAGAGGUUUAAAAUAUUUUAGAAAAAAAAGUUUUAAAAAAGAAAAUCUGUAUUUUUGUGUCAAUCAUGUUAUUCGUGGUGAAACAGGAAGUGAUGUAACAGCGGUCGGGAAGUCGCUCUGUGCAGCCAUGUUGAUGAAAAUGUUACUGUGGAAAAGUUUCAGACAGAACAGAGAGUUUUUGUUACUUAAGCUGGUUUUGGUUCAGAAGCUUGGAGUGUUUUUGAGCUUUCGGUCCAAAAAUGAGGAUUUUCACCUGAACAUGUCGGCAGAGGAUGAAGAGUUACUUAAAAGUGUAAAAUCAGCAGAAAUCCAGCCGUGUGAGACGCCACUCAUGAUGAUUUAGCUCUUAAAUUCAAGUUUUUUAGUUCCACCCCAAAGUUGUUUAACCAAGUUUGUAAUAAAAAAAAUGAAACAACAUGGAAGCGUUUAUUUAACCAAAACACCUCUCAGUGCUGGAGUUCUGCUGUGAGAUGUGCUGAAAUAAAAUUAUAAAACAAACAUCCAGAUAGUUUCAACUUCAACAAAAAAGUCUGGAAACUGAAUUUAAGAGUGAGGAGAGUUCGAGGGACGGACAAAUCUGAGCUUUUUUGUGCUCUUUAGUCAUUACAGCUCUUUUAAAUGUGUUUUCUCUCUAAAACGAGCUGAAAUUCAUCAAACCAUUUUAUUUUGAAGAGGGAAAUUCAUCAAACCGCUAUAUUUUGAAGGUGAAAAAAAUCAGCGUGGACACAAAAAUAACUCAUUUCUUUUGAAGUGCAAACUUCACACAUCUGAACCCAACUGAGUUUUUCUGUUUCUAAAACUGACGUCAUUCUUUGAGUGUGUGUGUGUGUGUGCUUGUGUGCUUGUGUGAAAGUGAUUAAAAGUGUGUUUGUGUGAAGCAACUUGCCAUCGUCAUGCAAUAACCCUGUGUGUUGUGAGUUAACAUGCAGUUACAGACUCUGCCAGUAAGGGGAGCUGUUGACCAGCGAGGUAGAGUGUGUGUGUGUGUGUGCGUGUGUGUGUGCGUGUGUGUGUGUAUGUAGAUUAGGGAUCAGUUAAAGGCCAUAUUUCAUAUUUUUUCAUCUUUUGUAUUGUUGUAUGAUAUAAUUAUUAUUAUUAAUUGGCUCCCAUAUUAUUAUUAUUGUCAUUGUUUUUAUUGUUAUUGUUGUUAUUAAUGUUAUUUCUUAGUUUUCAUGUUUUUAGCUCCACUGAUUGAAAAACAAAAUGAGCGUCUUUUGGCUUUGUAUCGGUUGAAUAAUACGUUGACCUUUGUGCUAUCAGAUUUUUAUUUGUAAACCUUGUAAUAAAGAAAUGAAUAAAUAAAUAAAUAACCAGGGAACGUCCUUGUGUGUGUGUGUGGGUUGAGUAUUGUUUGAUUUUGAACGAUUCUGAUUUCGAGUCCGAUUCCUAUCGAUUCUCUAUUUCGAUUCUUUUAAAGGCAGGAUAUUUUUAAAAACCAUGGUUUAAAUGAGGGUGCUAACCGUUGUUUUCCUUUUUGGAUGAAAUUUCUGAACUUCUCCAUGAAUUUUUAAAACAUUAACUUUUUAAGAACUUUACUACAAAGUUCUCACAGGGCUAUUUUCAACCAGUAUAUGAAUAUCAAUUUUUCUUGUCAGGUCAUUUGUCUAUGAAAAAAUACAAGGGCUAACGUUCGUUGGAUAUUUAAGUUGACCCACCGUACACAGUACAAUUUGUUUGACGCUUCAGUGUUAGCAGAAGACAGAAGUAAUUUAUUGUUUCACUGUUUUGAUUCUGACUGGUUAGCUGAAGACAGGUGUUGUGCUGUAGAAUGCACCCCUGCCGUAGAAUGCAUCCCCUUCACUCAUUAGCUUCUUAAAGUGGAAGAAAAUGAUCUCACAUUAAAAAAAAACACUCAGAUUAUGACAUGUCAAAUGAAGCAGUAAACUUUUGUUUUUAUGUCUCUCAAAAAUGCACAUAUAGAGGUGUACUUUGGUGUAUAAACUGUACAGUAAGCUGUUAAGGUAGAGAACAUUAUAUUUUCGGGACAAUAAAUAUUCCGAAUCAGAGGGCUUUAGUUUUCGGUUUAUCUGAAUAUCCUGAAUGAAAUCAUUAAAGGCAUAGGCUUUAGAUUCCGUCCAAGGGUAAGAAAAACUUGGGAUUAUUUCGCCUUUUUAAGUACUUUCAACCGCGCUC